CCCGCGUUCCGUUUGCCCGACCGUUUCACGCGCUGACCAGAAUAAGAAAAAAAAUAAAAAAUAAUAAUAAUAAUAAUAAUAAUAAGAAAAUCUGUUUAAGUAAUACUAUUAUUUUCGUCCGCGUUCUACGCACAACACGCGUAUACGUUUUUUUUUUUUUUUUGUUUUUUGUUCUUUUCGGUUUACAAUAAUAAUUAAUAAUAUAACGUACGCGUGUUCGUUAAUAUAUAAUAUUUAUAUUAGCCGAUAAUUUUUUUUGUUUUUUUUUUUUUUUUUUUUGGUCCGUUUUCGUUUUUCCGCCACCGCUUACCGUUCCGACAAACCCGCGCUCGUAUACUAUGUUACGUACGCAUAAUAACAAUAUCGAUCAUCAUAAUAAUUAUUAUUUACGUUGUCGCUCGUCUAUCGUCCGUCCGGCCGACGUCGGACCGUCGUCUUUUCAGUAGUCGAUACACUAUAGUAUCGAUUUAAAUCAAAACGUAAUUUAAAAAAAAAUAAUAAAAAUCGCGCGUGUUUCGGUGUGCGGUGUGUCGCGGCGCGCAGUCGAUAAUAAUAACGACACUGUUGUUAUACUGUUAUAUUGAUUUCGAAUCCCGGCCGUUUGAAACUUUGGUAUUUUUAAAUGAAGUCACGAUCGUUUCGACGCAGUCGCAGCUGAUGACUAUGCGGACCGCUAAAAUUGGACUACUCGGCGCAAGACGUGCCAAGUCGAUGAGCAAUUAUUGAAAAACUAAACGAAAAUCAGGUAUGUACCGUGAUUUCAAUCUUAUGGGUAUCAUAACAGCAAAACACCCGACCGAAAUACAAAUAGAUCGUUUUACGAUAUUAUUAUAGUUUUUAUUCCGAGAUGUUUAGAAAAAAAAAAAAAAAAUCGCGAAAUUAUAUUUGUUUUUGGUAGGUACCCGAUAAAACUUCUGUUCGAGUAUCGCCCGCUAUAGUACCUAUGCCGUUUAAAAUAAUAACGAUCGCGGCUUCUAAUAAUACGUACAAAUUAAAAUUUUAUUUACUUUCUCAUAAUCCAAAACUAACACAACUAUCUUUUAAAAUUAAAAAAAAAUCUCCGUAAAAAUAAACAUUGCAAUUUUUUGCUCUAAGUUAAAUUAUAAUUACAUACAUGAAAUUAUUAUUAUUUAAUUUGUUUUAAGAACUGUUGUUUAUACAUUCGUGAAAAUAUUCCCGUAAAAAGUUUAAAAUAUUCGAAAUUAAUAUGAAUUUCGUGUUUGACGUUGUUACCGACUAUUAAAGUCUCUUUGUCCGUAUCCGCACAAAAUGGUCGGUAAAUAGAAGCAAGUUUCUAUUAUACAUUUUUACACUGUCUUUUUUAAAAAAAAUCGCUGUACUUUUAUUAACGACGAAUGACAAAAAGGAAAAUAGAUUUUGACUUUUCCGAAAAUAAGAAUAUUUCCCGUUUUCUAAAAGAUACAAUAAUGUAACGUUUGAAUUUUCGAAAAAAAAUCGUUCAAAUGCGAAUAAUUUCGAAUUAUUUUGUAUAGGCAAAAAUUAAUAUAAUUUUCAAAUUGAAUUUAGAAAAAAUGUGUUAUUUUCGACUAUAGCUCCACUCGGAUUAUUAUUAUUUUUUUUUCGCAACCAUCGCGUAUAGUAUUCUGCAGUACAUUUUAUUGAAUUUAAUGUUUUCAAAACGAAAAAAAAAACCAACUUUACUGUGUCAAAUCUUAUAGCAGUUGUCGAAUCGCAUACAUUAUUAUUGUACGUUUAUAACCACAUGGAAUAAACGAUCGUUCGAGUUAGCGCGUAUUGUACUACAUACGAAUAAAACAUCCGAACAAUUUUAAAUAUUUUUUCGUUUUCUUCUCGCCGUGGAUUUAAUGCUCAACGCGAAUUGACGAUAAGCCGUACGGGUCAAUGAUAAUAGAUACGUCAAAUCGAUAGGAUAGAAGGAUACGACAAAAAAAAAAAAAAAAACCGCUGUAAGAAGAAAAUAUAUAUGAUUAUAUCGUACGUGUGUCGUAUGAUUGAAAAAGCCGACAACCGCGGCUAUAUAGUGUGCGCUAACUCUCUAGACGGGAUUGCCGUGUUUAAACGGCUCCGGAAACGGCGAAGAUGGCCCCAAAACGCGGCGUCGCGCCAGCCGCGAUUUCUGUAAUUGGUAAAAUUGGUCGCGGAAUUUUUUUUUCUUUUUCCAUUCGUAGGACCUUUAUAUACGGGUACAUGUAUACACACACAUAUAUUUAUAUAUAUAUAUGUAUGUAUACGUACAAACGCGCGCGCGAUAAAACAUUAUAUUGUAUUUUUAGGCGGUGUUUCCCGCGCGACACCUUUUUAGGAGAUGCCGGCCGUUUGUACCGGCCGAGACAUCUCGGUCACGCGCUCGCGGACCAGGAUUUAAACUCGAGUUAUUUAUUUAUUUAUUUUUUUUUUUUCCUUCGUUUCGAAGGGCGGCGAACGUUCUUCGUCAUUAUUGUCUCGAGGCGUCGAACGAUAUAAAAAACCGCGUCGGUAUACGAUAUUAUUGCCCGGCGUAAUAAUUUACUCGAUUACGAGUCUCGGGGAAAAAAAAAAAAAAAACGAUUCUCUAUUUUUAUAGGUGCGCGACUUUACGUCGCCGCGCAGUCGCGCAUGAUAAAUACAAUCGAACAUUCGCUGAAAUCGGUUUUAUAUUUUUGAUUAUUGUUAUUAAUUUUCAUUUAUUUUUUUUUUCGCCUUUAAAUAACCUUUCGACCGGAAAUCUACCGAUGAUUCGACCGUCAACUGCUGGGAUGGUCCGACAAGUCGGUGCGCUGAUAAUUGAGAGAAACCGGAAAAAAAAAAAGCGUCGGAAAACGUACAUAUUAUCGUAAUAGCGGUUUCUGUAAUUUUCUAUUUUUUUUUGUAGUACUAAUAUAACAGUAGUAGUUUAGCAGUAGUAGUAAUUCGUUUUUAAAUAAUCACAAAAACCUAAUAUUUUAAAUUUUUAAAUUCUAUAUUACUAUCGUGAAAGAACUUAUAGUUUAAAAUGUUAAUUAUAGAUUCAAUAUAAAAAGAAAAAUGAUUGACAUAAUGCGACCGAACCGUUGUUAAUGAUUCAAUGAUAAUUUAAAGUCGGCAAACGUUAAAAUCGCGAUGUUUGAAGAACAAUGACAGCAGUACUUUAAAAAGUUGUUUGAAUUGCUUAUUAUUAUAUUGUGAUGACGAUUACGAGUAUGAAAUAUUAAAAAAGUAUAUUUUUGUUUUUUAAUUUUUAUUUCGGCAUCACGUUGUGUUUUGUAAAGACGCAAUACCGAUUAAUAUUGUAGCGUUGGAUUCUUUUUUUCAAAAAAGCCUCCGCAAUAAGCAAAUAUGUUUAAUGUCAAAAAUUAAAACCGAUUGAAUUGUUUGUAAAUACUAUUGGUAAAAUUGUAGAUGUUUACAAUAAUCGGUUGCUAACAAUGUUUUCAAAGUUACGAGCAGGACUGUGCAGUGUCUUAUAAGUGGCCGUCUACCGUACGAUUACUAUUAAAAAGAGUUUUACAUUUGAAAAUUGAUUUUAAUAUUAAUUUCUUUUUUCUUCGUCAAAACGGAAUAUUUAACAAGCGGAUGGGUUUCGCGAAAUUUCGCGUAAAACCCCAUUAAUAUUACGUGUAUAUAAACAACGAAACACGAUCGGUUUGAGCCGCGCCGCGUGUUUGAAACCAGCAGUUUCGAGCGUUUCCCUCAACUGGUCGCCAACGCGCACGAAUGAUGUUAUAUGACGAUAAGUCAGUUCAAUUAUUCGACAAGUGUUAUUUUUGUCAUCUUCUGACGUCAACUGUAUUUCGCGUAAUAUAUUUGUCUUGAUUAUAUGAUUUUUUUUUUUUUUUUUUCAACGAAACCAAAUAAUUUUACUUGCCCAAGUACCGUAUGUUUGUAAUAAAGCGGCCGGAUCGAAAGAAAAAAAUGUCCGUCGUUCAAAGCGUUUAAUAACAUAUAAUAUACUAUAUUAUUUAUAUAUAUAUAUAUAUAUAUAUAUAUAUAUACACGCUAUUUUUUUUUUAUUUUUUUUUUUUUUUUAUAACGAUCGCGUCGUCGCGCCGAGAAAGUGUCUAAAUCUUAAAAAACAAAUAUAGCGUUAAAUAAUUAGAUAUUCGAACCCCGCAGCAGUCUGCGUGCGCCAGAUGCUAUAAUAAUACGUGUAUUACGUUAUUGUGCAUCUUUGAGAACGCGCCGUUGAUAAUAAUUAACACCGUCGUAUGGAAAAACAAAAAAAAAAACAAAAAAAAACAAAAACAAAAACCUCUUCGGUGUUGAUAAAUUUCUUUUUAUUAUAAACGGUCCUUCUUUUCGUGGCUGCAAUAUCAUUACAAUGGCGGUACGUAAAAUAAUUAAAACCGGUAUGAAACUACACGCGCACGCAUAUAUGCAUUCGGUACAAAAUAGAUAACUGUACCCGCCUACCAAUAAAAUAUACUACGCGACGAGUGACGCGAUCAGUUUUGUAUACACGAAUACAUGAUAACGAUUUGGUCCGUUCAAACGGGAACCCUAUACGGUAAGGGCGGUCCGUUUGAGUGGGUGCACGUACGGUGCCGGAAACAUUAAAAGCGUACCCCCACUUAAACGGAUCACGUUGAGUAUAAUCGUGAAAAUUUCGUUUUGAGAAAAUUCCAAACUAUUUGUUGUGAUGUAUAAAACAGAAGACAACAAAGUCGUUUUCUGGCCCAGCCAGUGUCGACGUGCGAUCACGACUCGCAUAAGACCCGUUCUUGCACGAAACCCGAAGUCCGUCGUUUUAAACCGAAAAUCCGCCAAGGUCCUUUUUUUUUUUUGCGUGCAUCAAAUCAUACAAGGCUGUUUAAUCUGGAAACAACGACAUUUGUCCGACGGUAAUAAUUACAAUGGGGCAUGCAAUGAGAAAACCGCGAACGCGAUAAAUUAAUAAAAAAAAAAUAAUAAUAAUAAUAAAUAACCGUUUGCGCCGGCUGUCGUCGGCUGUUAAAAACGCCUGUUUUUCAAUUUUUUUUAUAUUCUCGUCGGUCAAGACUAAAGUGUUAGUCUUGACCGACGAGAAUAGGUACCAUUAAAUCGGUUGAAGAUGGGGCGGGGAAAUUAAAAACCGCCGUUUUAUUAUCCUCAAACGCGUUUCAUCGGCACUCGUCCGGCGAUUUUUAUUUAUUUAUUUUUUUUUCUUUAAUAUGGCUAUACGUAUGUUUAUUUAUAUUAUAUCUCGAUCGCACUUCCGACCUGUGCCCAUAAUAAUACUGCUAUAAUGCUCGCGUCGCCGAGCGCACGCAAUAAUUUUUUAUAAUAAUAUUAUUCGCGUUGAUGUGUGUGUAUAAUAAAACGCCAAUAAAACAAGUGAAAAAAAUAAUAAUAAUAAUAUCCCGUCGAAUAUGAACCUAUAAUAUAAUAAUGAUGCGACUUUAUUAAAAAAAAAAAAAAAAAAAUACAUACAUAUAAUAUAUUAUACAAUACUCGCACUUGUAUACAUCGUGCGCAGUUCAAUUUUACACGUUUUUAUAACGUACCUAUACACAUAAAUUGGAAUUUAAAACAAUAAAUUAUUGCGUUUUUUUUUUUUUUUUACUUAAAGUAACGACGGAAUAAAAAUGAUAAAAUAUAAUAUUGUCUGCAGUUCCGUACACACGCUUUCGAGAUAAUGGGUACACUAAACCGGCGUAGUAAAUCUACUAAAAAUAUGACGUGCGACGACAGUAAAAUAUUUAACAGUUUUUUAAUGACGAUUUUACUAUUUCCGAACCAUGUGUAAUAUAACACUCGUGUAUUAUUGCGCUUCGUCUUGGAUAAUUGGGCAAUUUUUUUUUUUUUAUGCGAUAUAUUUAAUAAAUUGGACAUAACUAUAUGCACAUAUUAUUUUGCUCGAAGUUCGAACGACUUUCAUUUCAAUCGAAUCGAAAUCGAGACGAAACUAUUGGCCGUGCAACGUGUGGCAGUGUUAAACUCUAUGGUAUUAUAUUAACUGUCGCGGUAAACGUUGGUACAAAAACAAAUUCUCGAGCGUAUAAUCUAUGCGAUAGGUGUUGUAAAUUCUACCGAAUCUAUUAUCGUUAGGAAAAUAUCGGUAAAAUAUACGAGAACAAAAAUCAUUGCGAAAGACAAAUGAAAACAAGCGCGCGUCAAUUGAACGCUAUACCGUCAUAAGCGAUAUACUUAAAACAACUAACGUAAAAAAAACACUAUCAUCAUAUUGUUUCGAAAUAGUAAUUGCGCGGUGUUAUUAAUUUUUAAGUGAAAAUCGAAUGUUUAUUUAGUACGCCGAUAAGUCGAUGGAUAAAUGUUAAAACUCCGCGUGUAAAAAAGAAGUAUUACCAAAUGUAUUAUUAUGAUUUAUGAUGACUGUAUAGAUAUGGAUUUCUAUACGUCGGCUUUAAUUAUUAUAAUAUCGUAUCGUGUAUUUUGUUAUUCGCCUAAAACAGCCAUAGGUUUAGAACGUCCAACGCGUUUUUCCAAUAAUGUUUUGUCGGGAACUCGUACGAGACUGCACACCGAUGUUACACAGGUAGUUUUUUUUUUUUUCAGCACAGUGUACGGCCUCCUCUAGCGGUUUUACGUUUUUUUUUUUUUUCACCCGCGCCUAUAAAACAGAAUAUAUCACGUUAAACGCACGUAUACACCCAUGCGUACGCACAAUAAUUGGUUUUCGUCACCGUCGUAUAAUAACAAGAUAAAAUAACCCAUAGAUUCGUGUACCGGCAGGUACGUCCUAUUAUAAUACGCGUAUUGCAAUCGCGGCGCAAUACGGACGUGCGAAGAAAACGCAUAGUUUCCCGUACGGUUUCAUCGCCGUACGCGACUCACUCCGAUAUCCUGCGCCUGCGCUCGCGUGUCCGAAUUAAAACGAAUUUGCGGUGAACCGGUGCCGUGCAGCGGGCACCUGUAUAUAAUCGUAUAAUGUAUGCCGUGCGUACUUUACCGCGGAACGAGCCUAAUCAACGUGCCGAAAGUCGAUGAUUAACAUAAAAAAAAAAAAAAAAAACAAACCCGACCAAACAAUAUUAUACCUGCCUACGUAUUAUUGUACGCGCGUUAUUUUUUAUUAUUAUAUUUUCAAUGUUAUUUUCCGUCGCUAGUUCUGUCGUUUUUUCGGUACAAAUAUUUGUUUAAACGUAAAUUAUUAUUUCGUAAGUCGUCGUGUUAUACAGAGGUACCAAUUUCGUUUAUUAGGUAUAAGUACCCGCCGACCUAACUGUGUAAAUGUUUACCCGAGUAUUGUUGUUUUCGUCGUUGCGUUUGAAAACUAUAAACCCGUACAAUUUAUAAUGUUAUAUUAUUGUUGUUGCCUUUGACUCGCGGCCGUGACUAUUAUAGCGCGUAAUAUUUUAGAUUCUGAACGCUGUUAUAACGAAGAUGCUAUUCGUUUUACAAGUACGCGGUGUUUUUUUUUUCACUCGCGGAAAACGCUUUACGGUCGGUAAAAACGCUUCGAUUUUUCCACAUCGUAUGCACACCUGGAAAGAUGCGGAUUUUUCGCCCGACCGUAUGUUAUUCGGACGUUUUUUUUCGAAAUCCACAAUGUUUUUUCCCCCUUAAAAUUGUGAAAAUAUGAUAUUUAAGAUACGAGAUAAUUAAGACACGUACGGAAAACCGAAAAUAACGUAAUGAAAAGGUCAUAACUGAAACCGUACAAAAGAAAAUAUCUCUAGGUGGACCGCGUGCGUGAUGAAAGUGUACUGCAGAGAAGGAUAUCCGGACGGCGAACGUAAAUACGUCAAUCGAAUUCGCAUUUGGGGCGGAUCGUUUUUGGCAGCUCGGGUCCUGCAGGGGUCGUUAGACAGGACGAUAGGUAGAAACGAGAAGAAUAAAAAGCAAUUGUCAUCAAUAAAUCGAAAUAUAGACGCAAUAUUAACACGAUGGCUUCAAUUAUUAAAUUAUUAUUAUAUCGGUUACCAUAUCACGCGCGUACGUUAACUGAAAACAAACGGAUUUUUAGUUUGCCGUUUUUUUUUGACCGCUAACGAAACAGAUCUAUCAAUAAUCGUCGCGGAUCGUCAUCGAACGAACGGUGCCCGGUGCUAAUCGCACCGUCGAAAACGGUCGCGAUAUAAGUUUUUAUUUUUUUUUUCCGGAUCGUUACGGUCUUGAAUGUACGGAUUUGCGUUGUAAUCAAGUGGACAUUGUUGUUUUAUUAAAAUAAAAUACAUAGUCUCCGUAGCCGGGUGCCGGGUGUCUAACCGUUUCGGACACGGAACGAUAUUGCCGUACAUCCCCGGACCAGUUUUCGACGAGCGCGAAAUAAAUCGCCGAGAUUUAAUAUUGUGUACGCCUGCUGUACCCACCCAUACACAAGUACAACCGCGACAAUAAUUUCGUCCGAACUCGGCCACUGUCGGGUUAUCGUCGCAACGAUAGGCACCGUGUAUACGUUCGCGUCGCCGUUCCAGCGGAAGCGCAACGCUAUAAGAAAGUAAAAAUCAAAAACCUGAUUUACUUGUACGGUUUACCCACGGAGAGUAGUUAAUCGACAAUAAUUAGGCGCCCGAGUUCGCGAAAACGAGAGUAUCUUUCCGUCUCUCGGCGUUGUUUUUAUUAUUAUUUAGUGAAAUGCUCAUACUAAUUGCGAAACGCCUUCUUCUUUUUCGUCGUCGUCGUCUCCGUGUUCUUCUUCUUCUUCUUCUGGCAGUCCGCUCGCGGACCGCGUCUAACCUAGAUUAACAAGACCAUAAACGUUGGCGAACUAAAAAAAAAAAUAAGAAAAAAAACCGUAGGUAAUUUAUCGGAUUUGUCAUUACGCGCGAAAUGUCAAAAAUAUUUAGGGUGAUAUAAACAGAUAUAUUAUUUAUAAUAUAUAUAUAUAUACACUUUUAUUUUUGUAUUGAUUUUUUAUUCCGGUAUUACUUUCCUAUUUUUACUUUCGCACGCGAGAAACCGACAACUGUUGCAGUUAUUGCGGAUAGCCAACCGGUCUGAUCGAAAUCAUAUUUUUAUUUUUAAUCAGCCGCUCUACCUAUAGGUAAUACGCGUUUAAUAAUAAGUAGUAUAUACUUAUCGCUAAACGAUCUCGGGACUGCGACUUUUAAUUUCUAUAUAAAGUAUAAUUAUAUAUCAUACAUUUAGUCUGUAACUGCAUCGGAAACCCGGUUCGUUUAAGAGGGUGGGGGGGGAAUGCGUUUAUACGUUUUUUUCGUUUUUAUUUUAUCCAUUCUCACUGCUCGUACGCGCUUUCGGCGAUCGAAUAAACGCCAACGAGCAAUGAUGCUUACGUUUGGUCGUAAAAAAAUCAAGACAAAUUUUGUGCAAAACAGUUUUACGCUGUCGUUUUAUCGGAUUCAGGUAAUAAUAUUCUGAUUAACGUAUUUUUCGAAACGUGCGCUUUAACGGUUUUAAACCGCGUGCAAAAUUAAUUAUAAUUAUAUGCGGGCGUUUGGACGCAAAAACUGAAUAAAAUAAAAAGUCCAAUAAUACACGAAUAACGAUGCGAUUAUUUGUUUUACCGGUAGAUAGAUACGCUUAUCUCGUAUACACACGUAUAUUAGGUACCUAAUCAUUCUGCGGUGUUUUAUUUUAAACCAGUUUGAAUAACAGGUCGUUGUAAAUCGGCCGGCUAUAUAAUAAUACGAUUGAAAAAAAAAAAACGCACCCAUUUAUAUGUGGACGAUAAUUUUUUUUUUUUGGCCCGAAUAAAAAAUAAAUAAAACGAUCCGAUACUAACAUAAACGCGUAUUAUAGUUUAUAAAUUAAUAACAAUAUUUAUUAUACAUUAUUCAUGCGUUUUAAUAAAACAAUAUUAUCAUAAUAACCGUUCAUAGGUAUUUAAUAUUUAUACUUUGUACCUAUAUACCCACCUACUCGUACAUAUUAUACAGGUACGUUGCGGGGUCGUGAAUAUUCUAGAAAAAUAUCAUCAAGCGGAAUAAUGUUAAGUAAAAAUACCAUACCUACACUAAAUGCAUAAGCUAAAGACACGUUAAAGAUCCGUUUUUAUUUAUAUUUUUUUUUUUUCCUGCGAUUUUUAAUAUUAUACAUUUUACAUUUUACGUUUGUUCUAUAUUUACUGUAAACCUCACUGUUAAUAAAUUCCAUACUAUUACUAUAACAUAAAACGAUGAGAUUGUAUUAUAUUUUUUAUUUUUGAUCGCAAACAUUUGUUCAUGCCCGACAAUAGGGGAGGGAGGAAAUGGAAAAAUGACUAAAACAACUGGUAGCUUAUUACCUUGCAGAGAGGUAAAGGGGACUUAAGCACCUGUCACAGCAGUCGUGUUUAAAUUUUACAAGAAAAGAAAAACUAUACAAAUUUAUUAAAAACUUAUAUUACGAACCAAUAAAACAAUAACCACGUACAAAUAAUAGUCGUACCUAUUACACAAUUAUUGUGUAUUUUUAUUCUAAUUUUUUACUCUAGCCCCGUCCCCGGCGGUGGAAAAAUCCAGUGUGCGCCGCUGACAAUAUGGUAAAACACUCGAUAAUGACAUCGCCGGCGGAAAUUCACCGGGUCCUGCGUUUUUACACUUACAAAAAAAAAAAAAACACAGGUCACGCCGGCGGUCCGACGGUGCGCGGACGGCCGUUGUACGCUAAACAUUAAAACCCCCAGAAGGCGUGGAAUUUCGCAUUCGAAGUGUCUUUUUCGACCCCCUCGGGCGCGGUCGGAUUUCAAGUAACCCCUCGCCCCCCCCCCCCCCCCGUCCCUCCCAGCCCCGUACUCGGCCGGCGGUCUCUUUACGGCGCGCCGCGAAACGAAACUACUGUCCCGGAUCCGUGCCCGGCCGGCUCCGCACCAGCGGGGCCGUAUCACAACAGCUUCGGCGGUUCCGGCGCCGACGGAUCGCGGUCCGCGGCGAGCGCCGGCCCGCCGCUGUCGCGUCCGGCUCUCGUCCGCGGUACGGUACCGACGUUUUCCGCUCAACACCGCCCCGGAACCGUACGUCGGGCCGCCCGACGGCCCGACGUUUUUGCGCCGCCGCGCGCAAACCGACCGGACCGCUCACGCGGAACCCUACCGUCGCGUUGCAGCCGCGGAGAUUGAAUGAAACAUCGCCGUAUAUUAUAUACACACGUAUAUAUAUAUAUAUAUAUAUACGUUUAUCCGUGCGGGGAUUUGUAAAUCGAAUUUCCCGCGGGGGUCGACCGAAAAAAAAAAUAAAAAAAAAGUAUUCGGCGAAGACUUAAAGGGGAUACGAAUAUAUCCGGUAUGUGCGUGCGUGCGUGUGCGUGUGUGUGUGUGUGUGUGUGCGUGCGUUCCCCGAAAUUUAUCUGUUUUGUUUUUUUCGCGUUUUUUUUUCAUCCUUUAUAAUGUAUAUCGCAUGUAUGUGUGUGUAUAUAUACGUAUAUCCUGUAUGCGCGCUUUUUUUUUUUUUUUUUUUUUUUUUUUUUUUUUUUUUGUUCUUUAUUGUUAUUUCGAUACUUGUAUUAUACGCGCAUAUUACAUAAUAUAAAUAUACACGUAUACACAGAUACUCGCGGAUUUGAAUAUCCGAUAAAAUUAAUAACGGGAAAAAAAAAAACAACAUCAUCGCGCGCGCAUGAGAAAUUGAUACGGGAACGUCUGUGGAAAUCGUUCGAAUAACGAAACGUUUGCGCCGCGCUUUAGGUCGGUUCGCGCGCGAGUUUCUAUUACGGCCGCGCGCAGUCGAUCGAAAUCGCACCGUGUACGCAAAACGCGAACUCGCGCCCAAAUCCCGGUGGCCUAGAAAACCACCGAUAAAGGCGAUAAUGUCGACGAUCGUCUUUUCGACGUUUUAUUUUUUACAAUUCGUAAUCGUUACAAAAAAAAAAAAUCGUAUGCUUUGCCACACCCGUGUACGCGCACUAAUGAGCGAUAAUAAACACAUCAUGACGGUUGUCGCGAUAUCUCGGAUAAUUAACAAUCGUACCCACGAUGUUUUACGCGCGCGCGCGUGUAGCCUACGUACGGCGUAUAAUAUGUUUAUUUUUUUUUUUUUUUUUUUUUUGAAUACGUUUAUGCAUUUCAGAUGAACACGCGGAGAUUGCAACGUACCCGGGUCUCGCGUAAUUUCCAAACUAAUAAAACUCUUGGUCGUCCCGGUGUACCCGCGGCAAAAUCGUUGGCCGGUUCGAUAUUGCAACGUACCCGGGUCUCGCGUAAUUUCCAAACUAAUAAAACUCUUGGUCGUCCCGGUGUACCCGCGGCAAAAUCGUUGGCCGGUUCGAUAUUUUCGGGCGAAAAAAAAAAAAUGUCCGCAAUAUCUUCGGAACGCGAAAAAAGCGUCGAGAAAACAACCAAAAAAAAAAAAAAAAUCAAAUCGUCUUUUCGACCGAUUUAUCGCCGGUCGAUUUCAAUCGACGAAAUCGUCGAGAUAAAACGGUCGAACGAUUCGGACGAAUAUCCGUGGGUGGGGGUGGGGAGGGAAAAAGCCGUAUCGGCUCACCGCCGGUAAUCGCGGCGUGUUUCGGUUUUCGAGUUGCGCGUUCGCGUGCGAUACGCCGACAUGAUUACGGGUUCGCGUGAAACUUCCGCGGGAAAAAUACAGAAAACACGGACCGGCGGCCGCCGUUCGUCGCCCGAGCCAGUCGCGAACGCGUGCCGCGAUAAACCCGACCGUCCGACCGUCGUACCGCGCUGGCCCGCCCCCGGCCCCGGGCCGCGCGGCGGUCGUCGAAAUUCGAGGCGCCGCGGAGACCUCGCAGCGUGUACGCGUGACGAUGAGCGUCGGAGACGCGUGUGUUUCAACCGCUGCCAUUUGCGACGGAUCGAGACCGCGAUUGUCAACGGGUAUCGGCGCGCGGCCGCGACAGUUAUCGCAGCAAUAAAAUGUGGACGCACGCGGACACCGAGGCCUCGAACCGAACGGCCGGUCGAGAGCUCGCGGCCCGUUCGCGAUCCGCAACGCGUUGCGCCGGCCGCGGUGCGAGCGUAACGUAACCGACGAAACCGCCGCCGGUGUCGCCGGCCAUGUACGUCGCUGCGGCGUGGUCAGCGCGGGCGGCACCCGUAGGAUUGCGUAUCGACCGCUCGACGGAUUUGCCGGACUCUGUCGCUUUGAGGCGAUACCCGGACGAUCGGACGAUCGGACGGCAAUGCAAUUGGCGGCGGACAGAUGAUUGUGCCGGGCGAAGCAAACGCAAAACUGUUUUUUUUCUUUUCUUUAUAGCGCGCGCAGAAGCGAGAUUAUAAAUUGUAUUUCGCAUAUAAACGCUGUAAACCCGACCGAAUCGUUUUAAAUUUUUUUUUUUUAAAUCAAAAUUUUUGUGUCGUAUUAUUUUGUGAACUGGGUUCGGAUUUCGUAGCGUUUGCUCGUUAUUAUAGGAUACGGACGAAAAACACCGAGUGAUCCGUACAGUUUUGUUUUAUGCACCAGAGAUGCGAAACGUACAAUUUCAGUUUUGCGUAUAUUAUGCGUUUUGAACGUGUAGUGGUAUUUUCUCUUCGGUGUUUCAUUUAUGUUUCUCGAGCAUAUUAAUAGUAAUUUUUUUUAUCGCUAUUCUAUUCCUGUAACAAAAGGCACUCCUUUAGGACCGCAACUCUCGCGCAUGCGAAUUUUGAAACGUGAUCUCGUUAUACGGUUUGUGGGCUACUAAUAAUAUUACGUUUUCCGUAUGUGUAAUAGUAUUUGCAUAAAUUUCUUUUCGUACCUUCCUACAUGCGAUCGCACUGACAAAAUCAUACGCGAUUGUUAGUUGUUUUUUUUUUUUUUUGGCGAGCUUUUUAAAGUGAACGCCGAACAGCCUGUACGACCGUGUAUUAUAUACUUUCACCUAAUCUCGCCGGCAUACGCGGUGUCUGCUGCGCAGAAAUAUCAUAUAUUUUUAUUAGAAGAUAAGUACAUCGCAUUAUAUAUCCGUGCCAGCAAACGUUUUAAUAACCGCGUUUGGCUCUAAUAAUUCCCAAACAACUUUUUGCUCGCUUUUUGUUUCGUUUUUAUAAUUAUUAUCAUUUUUUUUUUUUUUUUUUUUUUUUUGUUUCUAGUAUAUUAUAAUAAUUACAAUAAUAAUUACCAGGUGUAACGCAGACACUUGUCUUAAGCGUCUAUACACAUAAUAUUAUAUACUGCGCGCGCAGAGAGAUGGGAAAAUUAACGUUCCACAUUUCGUCGACGCGCCGCGUCGCAUUAUCCGCUCGGUAUUUAAUACGCGCACGGUGCGUAGGUACGAAAAUAAUUAAAUAAUAUAUAUAUGUAUUAGAUAAAAAAAAAGAAAAAUAAUGAAAAAUGUAUAACGAUUUUAAUUAACGCGGACGACUGCGACUGCGACGACGCGCUCGCGAGCCGGAUGUCGCACGGUGUCUCUCGACCUCUCCGCCUGUCGUCUGCUGUCUACACUCGUAUCAUUUUUUUUUUUUUUUUUCGCACGGAAAUCCACCGUACAGCAUUAAAUUAAUUUCCCGUAUUAUUAUUAUUGUACAUAAAUUAUAAUCGUCACGGCGGAUCUACGAGAACACGUUUAAACGCUGUCGCUGUUUUGCUAUACACACAUCCGUAUGAAAUAUGUACAGUCGCCGACUUUGACACCGCGUGCGUGCCGAUCGAACUGCAAUAUCGCAUUGUACACGUUGCCGUUGCGGCCGGUGUUUGAAAAAUCGAUAAAACGACGGACUUUCGUCCAGCGCGACCGAUUUUCCGCCGCGCGAUAAAUAUUCGCUAUGCGGCCCGUCAGGAUGUCCGGAAGUUAACCUGGCCCGCCGCGCGUAAAACGAUAUCGCCGGUAAUUGUGCGACGGCGAGGAUAUUAAUUCGCAGACGAACCGCAAUUGUUAAUUUCGCUUUUGCGAUCCGCGACAAUUUACAACGACAAUAAACGUUUCCGUGUGCCGCACCGUCCGCUGCUGAACACCCGAUUUGCCUAUAGUUUUCGUAUUCGUUUUAGAACUACCCCGUACGAUUCGUCAAACUGCGCGGCACGGUGUGUCGUUCAGCUCGCGCGAGGUCCGUCCACAGCUGUGCGUAAUACAUACGUGUUAAUAUGUUAAUUCAAUAAUAAUUACAACGUUCAGCAGCACCGCCGAGCGAAAUUAUCAUAAUAACGCGACGAACGCGAAAUUGUUAAAAGUAAAUUUUUUUACGUUUCGUUUUUUACCACGGCGUUACUGAUUUAUGCGUGUGCAAGAACGACGUUGAAAGAGAUAUUAAUAAUAAUAUUUUGUUAUAUUAUUGUACAAUUAUUAUUUUCCGUGAGCAUUUAAAAUGAGCGAAAUCACGAACGGUAAAAGAAAACUUUGGCAUUUUACGAACCACAUACAAAUACUGUUCUCGUUGUAAUCAAAAUAUCGAUAUAUGCUUUUAAGAACGCAAUAGUGUUAUACCAUAUUAAAAACUCAAAAUGUAUCAAACAGGCGCGUAGUGAAUAUAUUUAAAGAAUUUAACGUUACUAAAAUGUUCAAUAUUUUUAUUUAACCGCGUAAUGUAUACGCUGUGCAUGAUGAUAAAAUUAUAAUUUCUAUAAAAUAUUUUCCAAAACCAAUAUUAAAUAUAUCAUAUACCGAAGUAAAGAGUUUAAAAAAAAAAAAACUCCUUUAUUUUGCGUUCAUAACACACAUCGAGACGUCUAGGUACCUAUUUAAGAGGACGCCAUACCCACAUGCGCUGCCUCAAUCCAACUAACGGCCAAUAUAGAAAAAUCUACAUUACGCAGACCGCAUAAAACUCACUUAAUUUUUGUUUUAGAGUAAAAUCAGUUGUUAUAAAAUUAAAUUAGGACGAUAUGCUGGAAGGUAUGACUAUUUGUUUUUCCUAGUAUUCUAAUUAUUAUCUUGGAUAUAACUUCAAUACGUCUUUUAGAAACAAAGACUAAUUCGCUAUUAUUGAAUGACUGCAAUAUUAAAAAAAAAAUAAAUAAUAAACGCAUCGUCUUGCCUUCCGUGAUAUCGUCUUCGUUUAAUUUCGCAAUAAUAAGUACUUUCCUCUAAAACCAAAAUCAAGUGAGUUUUUCGUGGUCUACGUGAGGUAGAUUUCGUUAUAUCGCCCGUCAGUUGGACUGAAACAGCACGUCAUUCGGGUAUAGCGUCCGCUUAACAAUUAAUAAAAAAAAAACACCAAAUUUCAUCAAAAACUAAAUCGAUUAUUUUACUCGUUAAAAAUUUCAUCCAUAAGUUUGGUAAAUUAUACAGGUCCGGUUAGAGUUUAUGUUAUGUAGGGUUAGGUUUGAUCGGAUAUGUACUCCUGCCCACAGAAAUAAUGUCACGGUGCUUAAAGGUGUCACCGCGAAGCUAUAUAGGUGCCUACACGUGGCUGUACAGUUAUGGGGGUAUAAAAACCCCGCUCCCCCGAAAAUCGUUCGUGUUAUACGCCGUGGGGAAAUAUAAUAUUACUUCAGUCAAUAAAAUUAGAACGCCACAGAUUUUCAGUGCACAAUCCCAACUCCCCACCCCUCCUCCGAAAUUAUUUUCUAGUUACUGCUUCGCCUGUACACAGUCGGAUAGUGAUGUUACUGUUGUUCACGAUCACGAGGCGCGCCGAAAUAAUGGAGUUCGAAUAUAAAUACCUCUACAAAUGCGGGUCAUGACGUAUGCUCCUACCCCGAAUCCUCGUUAACUGGAAUUAAUUUAAUAAAAAAAAAAAAUAAAAAUAAAAAUAAAGAAUGAUGAUCACAAAUAAAGCACAGGGCCGCAGGGUGUGAUUUGUGGAAUUUUAACGACCGAACCCUCCGGGAGCCGGAACGUUGUGCACACUCGCACGCUCUCUAACACAUAUUAUACUAGGUACACAUACGGAUACGCGUUCGGAUGAAAUUACCGGUUACCGUCAGCAGUAUACCCGUAACCAGAAUGACCGUGUGCUUCGUGAGUGCGCGGAAAAAAAAAAUAUUACGUUCGAAACGGAAAACGAGAGAUAAAUGGAGUCGUGUGUCGAAUUGACACUGAUAGAUAAAUAGACUGUACGAGUCUAUAAAAUGUAUAUAAAUGAUAAAACGUCAAACACGAUUAAAACCAAAACGAGAUACGAAACAAUAUAAUAUAUUAUAGUUAAUUUUUUGACUUUUUAUAAUAUUUAAUAUUAUGAAAAGUAUUGGAGUAUAGGACUGACGAAUUUGUGUGAUCGUAGUUUUAAGUUAAUUUUAUAUACAUUAGGUGUACGUAUUUUUAUUUUUUUUUUUUUUGUGAAGUGUAAAUUAUAUUUCGGACAAACAUAAUAUACCUGUGUAUAAUGUAUACUAUAAUAUUAUGUAGGCAGAAGUAUUAUUAUUAUUUUUUUUUUUUUUAUGAUUGUUUUAAUUGAAUAGAUAACUGUGCAGUAUAACUGUAACCACACGAAUCACGGUGUAAUUAACUAAAUGUCUUUCGUCUGGAGUUAAAAAGAAAAAAAACCUCUGUGUAUAGAUAAUAUUAUUAGUUCAUUGAAUGAUGUAAAGUUAUAGAUAUAUAUAUAUAUUAUUGCGAUUCGGAUAAAAACGAAUCGUGUUGACAUUUUUAAAAUAAUUACCUAUCUAUUCGAUUCUGAGUCCAACGACGAAGAAGCUAUUAGUUUUCGAAUGAUUUUUUUUUUUCUCGGAACACAUUUACGGCUAGUAAAAAUGCUCAAUCAUAUUAAAUUAAAUGAUGCGGAUUUUUCGCGUGCCGGUAUUUUAUUUGAAAGAACUUUCGAAAUUCUUAAUACUUUUCCCUCUAAAUUGUUUUUAUAUAUAUAUAUAUUUUUAUAUAAAAACAACGCAAGUGUUCCUAUCUUUUUCCAAUUUGUUGAACUUUUCAACAGUUCAUCCUCCUAUACAGGUAUUUUUUUCUUGUUGUUUGAUUAUUGUCGAGUUCUAUGGGUUCCUUCGACAACAAAACACGGCUCAGAAUCGUUUUUUCGUUUAAAAUGGUUUUUUGUUGUUGUAUAGUAUAAAAACUAAAUUACGCCGUGUAACGCAUCUUCUCAAUAACCCAAUCACAAAAAUGAACACUCGAAUUAUUCGUUCAAAUAUUUGACCUAUACUAAUAACCGCUAAUGAUAUUUUUGUUAUUAAAACAUUCGAAUACUAGGGGUUCCUAAGAUGCCUACCACUAACCUGGUAUAUAUUAUUAUUAUUUUUGUUUUAUAUGUAUAUAUCGUUUCUUAAUAAUGACCAGGUCUAUACAAAUCUCCGAUAAAUAUGUGACACGUAAGCUCACGGAUACCCGAUGAAAACGUCUUAAUCGCUAUCAACUUAAAAAUAUUCAAAAGACGUCCAGAAGAUUUAUCAAGCGCAGCAUAUUAUGAAAAUUAUUGCGGUUGAAAACCUGUUCGUUCAGUGGGUAUAUUUCGGUCGCGCGAUCUUAACGAUUUAAACCGAAACACGUUUAUCGAAAUGCAUCGCACGAUAUGGUCAACAAACAUUUAAACGGUUUAUUACUACGAUUCGUUCGGACACUAAAUAAUUAUACUUGAUUUCUCGUCUUUUACAAGCUGAUGUUGUUUUUAAUAAUAAUAAUAUUAUAUUUGUCAUAAAAAAUGUAUGCAUAGAGAUUUAAAUGGAUUUACAAGUAUGACAUAUUGACACUCCCUUUUUAGUGUAAGUAACAUAGGUAGUAUAAUAAACAUACAAAGUCUAAGCUCCAAUAUACAUAUUUCAAAGUAAGUAAACUGUGUAUGUACAUGUGUAUACAUCCUGUGUAUGUAUUUUUUUUUAUAUAUAUAUUUACUCUAAUAAAAUAUGAUCAGUUUUAUAAAAUGAUUUUGCUGUUUGAUAAAUAAAAAAACUCUUUUUAAAAUUAAUAUGAUUCUAGAGAUCUAAAAAAAAAAAAUAAUAAAACAUGUAUGCGUGCCAGCAAAUCUACUCAAUAUAAUGGCAGCCAGAGAUGUGCAAUUUUAAAUACAUUGGUGAACAGAUGGGAAAUGGAGGGGAGAGGAUUGAAUUUACGAUUUUUAAAUUUCAAUUUCUACAUGGGUACUUACGCUUGAAUAAUUUUGGACUUUGAAAACGAAAAAUGAAUUAUUAUUAUUAUUAUUUAUUUAUUUUUUUUUUGUUCUUUAUUUCUGGUCUCCUUUGAUUACACGGAUUAGAUAGAAAAAAAAAACGAAUUUCACGGUUGUCACAGGCAACCUAUAUAAUUUUUUAAACUUUAUUUACAUUAAUUUGGUUGUCACGGGUAACAUUACUGUGCCUAACGGGGCUACUACUAUAAUAUUAUUUACCAAAUAAUGUAGAAAAAAUCAUUAUCUUAAAUUACGAAAAAAAUGCAUAGUUUACACGCAAAAUGUGUUUUCCGUUUUAAUAUAACGAUUUACGAGACAACACUGUAAAUUGUAAUAAUAUUCGAUAUUCCGCUCGAGGUUAACCAAUAAUAAUUAACCCGUGGUGUGUUUAUGAGUAAUGUUUUUAAUCAAAAAUUAAAUUGGUAAAUUAAAAAAAAAAAAAAAAAAAAUGAGUCUUAUACCUGCAGUACAUAGCGGGUAGUCUCAAGUUUUGGGACCAUUUUACAUAAUAAAAGUGUAUUGCGCAAUAGACGCGGUCCUAUAUAUUUUAAUAAAUUAAGUUGUUCGAAUUGAAAAAUAUAAUGUUAUUACUAGGUAAUACGAUGGAAGUUAUCGCUUUAUUGAUUAUUAUGAUAACAACUACAUUAUAAUAAUGUAAGAGUUGAACAACGGUUUUAUGAAAAGUUUUACUAUUAAUAAAAUAUUAUAAAACUUGACGCUAUUUAUUGUUUAUUUUAAAUUGUUGCAAAGUGGAGAAGUUAUUAAAGAGAAUGUGCUUUUUCUUAGAAAACAUUUUUCGGGGUUAGGUCGUAUACAUAUAUACCGAGUAAAAAUGAAAAAAAAAAAAAUGAUCGAAAAGUUUUCGAUCCACACAACUCUGACGCAUAUACUUCUUCUUCUCGUUCGCUUUCGUCCCGACUAUUUAUAAAUAUAAAAUUAUUUGAACACCGACGACGGUACCGAAAAACCGUUUUUAAAACAUGAUAUUUUUGUCCAUAGUUAUGCAGACCUCAACCUCGAAAAUACCCUCCCCCCAAACAAAAAAAAAAAAAAAAUCAAUUUACAAUGUAUGAAAAUCGAGAUAAUCACCGUAUACCUACAUAAAAUUACGUUUCAAAACAAAAAAAAAAAAAAUUACAAAAAAACCGCAUAAAUCAAAACAGUCACGGUACAGCAUAAUAAUGUUUGAUCUUAGAGGUUUAUAACUAUAGCGAUUAUUAUUAUUAUAAUUAUAAGUACACGCAUGUGAGAGGUAUAUUUUUAUGGUGGUUAUAAUUUAUGGUACCUAAUAUUAUAUAUAAGUAUACGUACAUACAGACUAUCUCGCAGGGAAUAAUUACGAGUACCGUCGUAUUAUAAAAAUCCUAGAAGUUAUGAAAAUUACAAUAUUAAUUCGUGUUAUAUUCGAGAGUCUGUGAACACGGAUUAUCGCGAUAAAUCGACCGAAAUAAAAUAUUUAUCGCGUCCGUAAACAGUGCGCAAAAACGUUGUAAAAUAUAACCGAAGAAUUGAAUGUAAAAAAAAAAAAAAAAAAAUUCAAAAAGGUUAAACAAUCGGUUCGUUAUAAUUAUACAAUUUUUUUAAAAAAAAAAAAAAUAUCCUUUUAUUAUUACUUUAUUUUUUUUUAUAUUCUACUGCGUGCGUGCAUUGUGUAGAAAACAAUACGCGAAUAAAAUUAUAAUUUCGGACUGUAUACAAUUCGCUAGUAUUAUUUCUUAACAAAAAUAUUAGUGAUAUUACCGUAAUUGGACCAUGUACGGACGGGCGGACACAGCGGGUAUCUGAACUUGUGUUUAGAAACCUAAAACGGUCCGAUGGCGUUCGGAUGAUAUAAUGAACAAAACACAAUAAUCUAGGAGAAAUAAUGUGAGCUUAUUAAAAAUCGCUGCCUGAGAAACACGCUCGAAGACCCGGGCAAAAUGGACCGAGCGCCACUUAGGGUCUAAGCGGCGAUUCGUAAUUAUUAAUGGACGUUCGUGCAGGGGGGGACUCGAGUGCACCGUCUGGAAAAACUGGCACUUCAGUUUGACAGUUUUGUAACGCACAACAUUGGGUUUUUAUAUUCAGGACAUAAACGGUGCGUCGCAUACAUUGUUGGCUCCGAAUCGCCGGUGUAUGUAACAUUUUUUGAGACUGUGCGCCAGUUUUAUAAACAAUUAGGGACACUAAGCGACGUUAUCACAUCAUGCAAACCGUCAAACUCGGCUUUAAAGACGAAAAAAAAUCUACGUAAAAUAAAUGAUUACUCCCCGAAGAGAAUUUCAAAAAACUAAUCGACAUUUUAAAUGUAAAAUAAACGUUUUUACGCUCUCCUAAAAACUUAAAACAACGUCACUUGGGACCUUUUGCCUUGGAGCAAUCGAUAAUGGUGCUUUUUUUUUUUUUUUUACAGUACUUACCUAUAACGCUAUAACGUGGCCAAUGACGAAAAACCAAGUGUCUAGUUAAACAAAUUGUAAAAUAUUAUACGAGUUUGUAUUUUUCUUUACAUAAGUACCACAAUUAUCUAGGUACCUAUAUAAAAUGUGAAAUUUCGUUUAACAGCAAUCUAUAAUAAUAUAUUUAUAUGCAUUAUACAUAACACUAACGUGAAAACAUAAGCACUCCAGGGCAGCCAGAUUAUAGACGCGAAAAUACCGUUACUAUCGUACGAGCGUAAAUUGAAGUUUUUACUGUAUGUUAUACGAAAGUACAUACAUAUUAGAAUAGUAGCUGCACAAUGUUGUCCAUACAGUUCUUAUUAGUUUAUUAUUUUACAACUAAUUCAUCAGUAACGUGAUCGACGAGAUUUUAACUAUAGUUACGUUUAAAGUGUAACUAUAGCAAUGCAAUUUAAUGUAUAAACAAGUAAGUAUAUUGAAACAUCGUGACCGAACAAAAAAACACGGUCGUAUUGUAAUGUUCGGUUAAAAUCCUGUAAACACGUCUCUGGUAAUGAAUAAAACACCGUGACCAUAUCUUCUCGUCCUACCCACAACGGCGCCCAAUUUACAGUUCCCCGCAGUUCGUCCACGAAUCGCCUUUAGAACGAGCCGUUGACCAACAAGGACCGCACCUCUUUCACUUUUUUUUUUUUCUAUCUGUUAACGAUUAUUGUGUUUGUUUUGAAUUUUCGUUUCGCUUAUUACCUAUUUUGCAUUUGUACCUAUGCACACACACAUGUAUUUAUAUCGGACGCUAGCCUGUUUCGUAUAUUGAAAUAAAUAAUAACCGGGUUAAUCACCGAGAAAAAAAAAAACGCUCCCGGUGUCUGUUGUCGUCGACGGAAGCCGAUUAGAGCGACCGGGUACCGACGGGGCCGCGAGUUGCCCGUACCGAACGCGCGCGUUUUCUCUGAGGCCACGCGGAACACGUGCGGCUGCGGCGGCGCGGCUACCGAUAGGUAAUAAUAAUAAUAAUUAUUGUUCGGUCCAUUAUCGCCGGUCACUCGUGUAACGACCGCCCGAUUAUUAUAUUGUUAGGAAAAAAAAAAAAAAAAAACUACGAAAAAGAAAGUGAAUCCUCCUCGCUUCUGCGCGCGAUCCACGCGAUGAGCGUGUAUUAUUAUUAUUAUUAUUAUUAUUUUACACGGGUGUACGGCGUAAUGACAUUGUGUAUUGGUAAGGCCGCGACAAAACACAAUAACGCCAUUGUCGUGGAAAGUUCAUUGUGCCUCGCGCGCGCGCGCGCGAGAAAACGCUGUUACGUAAAGAAAAAAAAAAAAUAUAAAAAAAAACCACGCAUCGCGUACGUAUGCGGGCGUGCGCGCGCGGCGUACGGCCUUCGGGAGAAGAAAACGAUAGCGAAUCAAAUGGGAACGUUAAAAAAAAAAAAAAAAUGGAACAGAAAUCAAAAACUUUCGUCUUACGCGAGCCCGGCCGUAAACUCUGUACGAGCGACGAGCGUGGAAAAAAAAAACAAAUCGAAAAACCGCGCGUCGCACGCCCGCGUUUGUUGCGCUACCGCCGCCGGUGUUGCCGUGGCGGAAUAACAGCGCCGCGACACGCGCCUCCUAUUCGCAGUAAACCGUCGACGGCCGGCCGAGUUGUCGCGCGCCGUUUCGGUUAUCGGUUCGGCCGCGACAACGGGAGGGCCGGCCGGGCCGGAAAACGGCCGGUGGGACGUACGCGGUCCGCGUCCCGCCGGAUCUGCGGGUCGGCCGCUCGCCCGCGCGGCGCGGCAACAUUUCCGUCGAGGCGUCCGAAUGACGUCGCGCGCGCUCUUCCGCGACAAACGCGACUUUUCCGGACACCCGGCGCGGUCUUGUUCGAGCCGAGCGCGCGUCGUUCUCUUUCGCCCGAGAAACGUUUUCCCGGUCGGCCGAACCGCGGCGGCCCGGGCCGGCGCGCGCGGGCACUUUGCGCGAGCCGUCCGACCGGGCGUUCGGAAAGCAAAACGAACCCCCGACGACAAAUGACGGUCACACGAACGCCCGGUUUCGGGCCGGUACGCCGCCACGGCCUAGGCGCGCCGUUAACCGAGGGCCGCCGCGGUUCGUCUUCGCUUCCGGUACGCACGUCCGACGUCCCAGAACUUUCCCGCUUCUCCGGCACGCGACAACCGCGACCUACACGCGCGGCCCGAAACGCGUCCGGCGCGAUUUUCCUCCCUCGACGUUAUCGCGUCGUUCGCGUUAUACAACCGCGGUCCGGUCGAUUCGUCGCGAUUAUUUUUAGAAACAAUCGAGCGAAGUUAUAAAAAAAAAAAUACCCGAUUCGCAGCCUAUUCAACUACGGCUAAUAUCCGGUAAAACGAACAGCUCGUUUUCGUCGAUCGUUACGAUUUGAAAUUCCAAUUCGAAAGUCGGUUAGAGAGGUGCACGUGUGCGUACACUUGAAACCAGAACGAACGACAAUAUCCGAGGAAGUUUACUACAAUACUGCAGAAAUAGUCGCCUGCCUUGUGUUCUUUGCCCUCCUCUCGUUGAUAGUAUUAUUUUGUCGCCGAGGUUGAGUUCAAUUUUUAUUAUUUAAACGGCAAAUUCAAAUACUACGGGUAUUUUAUUUGCAAUAAUAAAUUAAAAAUAUGACUCGACCAUUAAAAUAGCUAAAUGCGAUUUCGUAAAUUUUACAGCGGAGUUUUAAAUAUUUAGCAGUUUUUUUUUUAACGAGUUUUAACAGAGUAUUUUCGUAUUGGGAUUACGAAUAUUUAUCACCGCAAAAACAUAAUCCGGUACACCUACGGUUUUUGAAUUUUUACGAUGAUUAUGUGGAAUAAUAACUAACAACAAUAUUACCGUCACUAUAAAUUAAAACAUUUUAAACGAAUAAAACAAAACCUCGUGUGUACAAUAAAACAGUGUUUCCCAACCUGGGGAGGCACAAGCAAUCCGGGAUAAAAUUCGUAUUUAUUAAAUAAUUUUUAUUUUACAUUUAUAUAAACGAGGGAAAAGAAGAACAAUUAAUACCGGCCGAUAUCCGCGUAUCGUAUAAUUAUACCAAGUAUACCAAAAAAAAAGAAUCGUACCUUUUUUUUUUCAAUUAAUGGAAGGCGUGAGAUUUUCGAAAACCUACAAAGGAGGCGUAGAAUAAAAGAAAUUCGGAAACGCUGGUAUAAAGUAAUAUAAUAUAGAUUUUAUAGUAUUACAGAAACUUUUCUAGCAAAAAGCAUACUACGAUUAUCAAGUAUAGCACCUUUUCUGAAAGAAAAUGUUCUCUGAGCGGUAUUUUAAAGAGGUAAUUUUUUGAAGUUCUCAUUAAUAUCCGAGAUAAUGAGAAAAACCUGGUUCUUUAGGUUAAAAAUGAUUGUAAAUAAGGUUGUCAUUGACAACCGUUUUUAUUAUUUUAAUCUUUUUUAAACAAUCAUGGAAUUGAAAACGCACAUUGUUGUAAUCGUUUUACCAUAUAAUGAUAUUGUUGGCAAAGCAACACUAUCAACUGAACUGCGCUCAGAAUCGUUUUUUCGUUAGCAAUGGUUUAUCGUUGCUUACACAUGUAUAUUAAAUUCCCGUCUGUAUCCUACAUUACCGACUUUUCACCUAAAACAGUGGCUGCGCCCACGUGUGAAGUAUGUCCGACGUUUUUCUUUUAAUCGCAGAUACUUAAACAAUAACAAUUUAUGUGUGGUUUACUGAAUGAAAAAAAAAAAAAACCGUAGAACCAAUUUUGCGUUGAAAUUCCACGUUUUCCCAUUAUAAAAAUAUAGAGAAUCGUGCCACGUUAAGUUUUCACGUUCUACCAACGGGUGCGAACGCUAAACAAAAUUUCGAGAGAGGAUAAGGUAUGCAAAAAGAACAUCUGCGAUCUUUGACCUUUAAUGCGUUGCUGUAAUUCUGCGAUUUAUCGUUUGUAAAUUCAAAAACGCCAACCGUAUAUUCGGUAAUUUAUACAUCGGAGAGGGUUCGAACGACCCGGGCCCCCUCUCCCCUUGCGUUCGCGAAUAAAUCCGCGUUCAUUUCAAUUAUUUUAUGCCCUCCGACCGCCGCUACAAUAUAAUAUUAUUAUUGUUGUAGGCACACGUCGUGUACGGUAACCUCUUUCCUUAUGAGAAGUAGAAGUGUUUAUCGCGGUCUCUUUUCUUUCUUUUUUUCUGUGCCAUAAAAAAGUUGUUCUAUUCGACUGUUGAGCAUUGACAUAAUGUACAAGUACCUACUAUACCUGCCUAUACAACGAACCGAAUACCCCCGAGCGUUGAACUCUCGCGGUUCCCGUAUAAAUUCAUAUAGACUAUUUUCCGCGUGCACUUACUAUAAGUACUACAUCAUGUUCCGCAAACAAUAUUGUUAUAUAUCAUUUUUUUUUAACCGUUUUCCGAUAAUUCAAUUAAUAUAACGUAUUUCAUAAUAACAACAGGCAUGUAGGUGUACAAUAAUAUUUUCGAUUCGCGUUAGUAUGAUGUGUUAGUCUUGAUCUUACCGGUAACAUAAUAUAAAGUAUAUGUUUUAAUAACCGCAAACUAUAGAUAAUUCUUAAAAAAAUGUACGAUCCCAAUUUCCAAAAUAAUAAUAAUAAAACAAAGGUUUUCUGAAAAAAAAAAACCGGCGAAAACGGCGUUUUCUGGACAAUCUUGGGAACUAAGUCAAGAGUAAAAAUUCUCAAAAAAAUCGACUUUCAAUCAAUUUAUUAAGAGUUUGUUAUUUUCGGUAUAGAAAAUUAUUUAAAAAAUUGUGGAAACAACAUAAUUAAAAAAAAAAAAGCCAUUUUACAUACUAAAUAAAAUACUAAAAUUUGUAGCUUGGAGACCGUGUCUCGUCAACGGGAGUUUUCGCGUUAAAAUUAUUUUUUCGAUUUUCAAAAACUCGAAAAUUGCAAGUACCUACUACACCAAAACCAAAGAACCCUUAUAAAAAAUGUCAAUACUACCGCAACACUUUAUGAAUAAGAAAAUACGCGCGCUUAAAUCAACGGUUUUUACAAAAACGACGUACACAGUGCUUUUACUAUAUCGUGCUCUCGUGCCGGUGAUUUAUUUUCAUGAAAAAAAAAAAAAAAAAUUACAAAUCGAUGCCAAAAGUUGAUGCACUACAAAUGAUUUACGAUGUACCAUUGAUGUUUUAUACUAUAUGGGUUCGUAUAUGCGUGCGUGUAAAUAUAGUCACUGUCAGUUUUAUUCCGUGGUCGGUGCAACUUAUCAAUACGACAGUUUACAAUACAGUCCGAUAACAAUUUGUCUGCGCGUGCAGUAAUAAUAAUCCACCGUCCACACAGAUAACGCGUUCGUUAAUAACCGUAUUGAUGACGUCGUUUUACUUACGAACUAGAAACGGUAUUCGUACAAACAAAAUAACGACGCGCUUAUUGUCUUCGUUUUAGUACAGUAACUCAAAAACAAAAAUCGAUUGUUAAUUGUGUACAGGUAAUAGAAUAAUGUUUGUUGUUUUUAUUUUUUAUUUUUUUUUUUUUUUUUUUUUUUUUUUAAUUGUAACAGUUAUACGUUACGGCCAAUGUUGAACAUCGGAUAACGUCCAAUUAUUUUCGUUCAGUCCGUCCAAUUUUGUGCUGUUAAUAUUAGAGCGCAUUGACGGCUCUUUACAAGUCUUAAAACGUAAUAACGCAUUGUCUGUGCGUCGGUUUCCUCUCGAUGUUUCGACAUCGUCAAGCGGGGUACAAAGGUUUUUAAACCGUUAUAAUUCACACGUUCGAGUUUCAAUUGAAAAUUGAAAUAUCGAGAAAAACAAAUGGACGCCAUUUUUAUAGACCGAUUAUAACAAUAAUAAUAAUAAUAAUAAUAAUAACUUAUUGAUAUGCGACAGGGUACAAUUAAUACCGAUAUUUACAUAGAAAACACUUAAAUCAAUUGUUGGUCGCCUCCGGACCGUGGCUGUGCGGCGGUCAGAGCUAUUUACAAAGGUACGGUAGUUCGCACAAAGUGAACCGAUAGUAUUUUGCAAUCGGUUGAAUAAAAUUACAGAGGUACAGUUUUUAAAAAGUGUAUAGUAUUGAAAAUUAUUAGGUUCCGAUUUGUACAUCACACAAAAACGUACAAGCGCAUAAUAUAGUGACGAUUGGGCAAGGGCUGUCAAUUCACUGUAAUAUCGAAAUUAACGGAGCACGAUUGGAUUCGGUGAACGAAAAUUUGACAUUAAACAAUUUUCUACAUUAGCCGUAACACAAUGUUACGUAUUACCAAUCGGAAAUAUUAAAAAAAUAAAAAUUAUAAAAGUCAAUAACGGUGAUGACUUCUUUAUGUGUUCUUUAGGUAUUCUCUAAAAGCCAAAAUGCAUAUUAUUAUUAAAUUUCUAUUCUGAUUUUAUUCGUAGAGAUAAAAUUGUUUUCGUAAUAAUAAAAAUUGUAAUUAUAAUGUAUUAUUUGAUUUGUGUCCGUACGUGAAGUCAGUAAUUAGUUUUAACCAUACAAUUAUUAAUUAUUAAUAUUAUUGAAUGUAUACGUUUUUAUAUUCCGGUCAAAGCUAGGAAUGAAUUAGUUUUACUUUGAUACGUGUGUUGUGUGUGUAUGUGCCUGUUAAUUACUUUUUCACGUCAGAAAUCUCGCUACAAUUAAACAUUUUAUAGAAACUUUCUUGUAUCGUUUUUCAUCGAGUCGGUGCGUUGAAAAAGUUAUUUAUUUUUGUUUUCAUUUUCCUUUGUGAUUUUUAACCUAGAAAUGUAUUUGUGUAUGAUUUCGGUAGAUCGCUGGGUAACCUCGAAAGCCGGGGAAUAAAUACGACUGACUAACUAACACUAUACUCAGAAUCGUUUUUCGUUAGCGGCGGUUUAUCAUAUUAAAUCAUUCUACACAAAUGUAUCACAAUGAAUCAUAAACUUUUCUCGUAAAAACAACGGUACGACCAUCAGUAGUGUAAUCGGCCGUUUUUUUUUUUUUCCCAACACUGAUUUUUGUCCUAUAAUAUAAUAAAUAUUUUGUCGCGUUUUCGUUUCAUUGCAGUCCCAUAUAGCCAUCUCGUUUAUUAAUGUAGAGUAUCGUAUUGGAUGUAGGUACAACAUUUUAGAAAUAAAUAAAAAAAAAAAACAAAUUAAUUACAAAACGUUUCGACGUUCCGUAUAUUUUCAUGCCAAUAUUAAUAAUAAAUAAUAAUAAUAUAUUGUUACCUUAUACAUGCGAUGAUUUUUUUUUUUCUCGGUCUUUUUUCGCUAACGUAUAUAUAUGUAUAAAUGUAGGUAAUAACAUUAUAUUUCCGUCGAGAUGGACGAAAAUAAUAUCAUCUCGUGGUUAUUAUACGUAUGUACAGGUAUACAUUGUUAUGAUAUUAUUGAAUAUCACGCUGAUUUGUUUAAAUUAGGUCAUUAUUCACGGUUUGUUUUUACACACAAACUCGGACGACACACCGGGUACCUACUUGUGGUUUCUCUCCGAUAUUAUUGUUGUUGCCCCGAGGCCUACAUCGGUAUUAUAGGUACGAUUUUAGCGUACCACACACACACACACACACACACUCGCACGCACACACACUCGCACGGUGCAGUAACUGCAUCAACUGUUGUCCCGGAAUACAAUGCCCACUAUUGGCUGUUCCUAUACGUACAGGUAUAUAAUAAUAUACAAACAGUGUGAUCAGAAUUGUGUGUUACAACAGCAAUUUGCUCGUUUAAAUAAUACGCGUAAUAGUGAAAUGUGUGCGAAGGAAAAAGAUAUAUUGUAUUGAACAUGGUACCAUAAUCUCGUAUAUAUAUAUACAUACACCUCGCACAUUUGUACGCGGGCUUAUCGUUUUUAGACGCACUUUUGCGGGGGCAUUUCGUAAUCGUUAAGUAAAGGCGUUUUUUUUCCUAAAUUAAUUUUAACGGCCGAACAACUUACGUUAAUGCAAUAUUCUUUGCUCGAAGACGUUUUAAAGUUUUCAAAAACUUCCGCGGAAUAUGCUCGACAUUUUUCCGCGUAGAAGAGUGUUUCGAACUUGUAACAGUUCGGCGACGAACAUUGGCUGUGGCAGGUUGGGAGUUCAAUCACUCUCCGAAGCAUAAAUUAUACUUAAAUUUUAAACACCUGAGGAAGUGAUUUGCUGCAGCAAUACAAACAUCAGAUGCGAUGGAUGUACUUCGCAAUCCCCUGGGCCCACCGAAUUUUUUGCUUGUGAAAUAAUUAUCGUGUCAUACCGCAAAGAUGCGGAUUUGUCGCCUGAUAGUGAUUUAUUCGAACAACUUUUCUUGAAAAUGAUUUUUUUUUUUUUUUUUGAAAAUCACUUUAAGAAUGUUAUACAAACGCUCCAGUUUUUUCACGCAGCACCCUAAAAGACGCAGAAUUUCUGCCCGGUGACGCUUUACAUGAGCUAUUCGUUUAUAGAAUAUAUAACGGUGCGUACGUCGUGCAUAUUGAAUAUUAUAAAGUCACGUGUGUUGUUCGAAAAAAAAAAUAGUUCUCUAAUGUAAAUAACACGACGUUAUUUGAGUAGCUACCUAUACGAUCAAAUAAACCCGCGCGCAGUCGCCAAUCCGAGACGUUUUGUGCACACGGUUUCGAAUCAACGAGCGAACGUUGUUCGGUAUAAAACCGACAAAUGACCGGGGUAAACGUAACGGAAAAAGAAUGAAUGAUAAUAAUAAUAAUAAUAAUAAUGAUGAUAACAUUAAGCGCUUCUUUUUUUUUUUUUUUUUGUUUUUUUUUGUUGUCUUGUUUACCGAGCAUACGACGUCACGUCAGACGGGUACGUAUUAUUAUUAUUAUUAUUAUUAUUAUUAUCUGCUGCAGCGCGGACGUAGACAAGGGUCACGAUUUUCGCGGUUUUCCUCCCUCCCCCCCCCCUCCUCUUUAUAGCGACAACCGCGCGCCGUGUCUAGCGGUCGUCCGAUCGAAAGUCGGGACGUCUAGGCGGAAUAAUAAUAAUAAAAAAUUGUUUUCCGUCUAUUUUUUUUUUUUAUUUUCUUAUAUAUCUUGCCAUCUUGGGCAUGUUUGGUAUUUGGGUACCUCUACCUAUACGUAUACAUAUACCUUUCCGGGUCGCCACCGGGUAUACAACGGCCGCGAUUGUGAAAGCCGCGUAUACGGCGCUUUGACAUUGAUCGAUAAUUUACAUACAAUGCAUGUAAAAAUAGGAGCUUCUAAAUCGGGGUACUAUUUCCCCAUUUUCUGUCUCGUUCCGUUUCACCGUCCGUAUGCCUAUAGCUUCUUCUGCUUUUUUUUUUCUUUUCCUUUCUUUUCCUCUCUGCCGCACUACCCGGGAUCUGUUGUUAAUACGGAGACGGCUAUAAAUUUAAAAAACAGUCCCCUGCGCCGAUUUCACCUCCAAGACCGAGAGAAAACCGGGAUUUUUAUUAUUAUUAUUAUUUAUACGGGACAUUCGAUAAAUAAUUGUUUUUUAUUUCAAUCCAAAAGUCAAUUGUCAUGCGAGAAUAUAUUAUACGGGUACACGGACAGAUAUACCUGUUGUGCAAAAGCGGAUUUUUAUACAAAUCCAUACGUAAUAUUGUAUACCCGUAAUAUAGUUUUAUAACGGGAUUGCAAAACGACACUUUUAAAUUCGAAUGUGCAAAUAGGCACGGACUGCGUUUUCAAUACUCAUCAAAUACGUUUCGUUUUUUCCACGUGUAACGGCCGAGGCAUAUACGUUUCUGAUAAAUUAAAAAAAAAAAAACUACGUAUUAAACUAAUUAAUUAAGUUUUUCCAUAGCAAAAUGUAUAUUCAUUGUUCAAACAUAUCUGCAGUGUAAAAAGUCAUUAACAUCGAAGUGUUUGUGUUUGUAGUAAUUCAUUCGGUCUUGUAUGCAUACAAGUAUAAUACGGGUAAACGCGCAUUUUUUUUAAAAAUUUUUAUUUAAUCGGUAAAACGGAGUAUCCCGGAGUAUCCGCAGUGGGUUCCGGCCGUGCGGUAAACGUUCGGCUGGACGAGUCGUUCGGACUCGCGAUUCCGCUCUGAGCCGUUGCCGUUGGGUGGUGGGGGGGGGGGGGGGUGGAGUUUGGUUCGGAGAGUCUCUUUGGUCGUUCGCACGGAGCCGCUCCGCGUCGCGAGUCCGAUUCGGAUUUCCGCACAGCCGCGCGCGCAGUGAUCUCGAUCGUCGAGAGUGCGUCAUCGUCCGGCGACAAUCGGACAACCGUACGGAACAGCUAGUCGAGAACACGGUGUCCGACAUCGCCAACAAAUGUGUUGUUUUGGGUUCGUUCGCGCCGCACGCCCGAAAUGUCGUGCGAGCAAUCCCGUCGGCUCGGACAUCGGCGAUUUCGAUGGCCGUGAAAGGCCGGCGAAUCGAUGUCGAACGCGCCCAACGUUCGGAAAUCGAACGUCAUAUCACGUGCGUGUAACGCAUGCGAUCCGUCGACUCGACUGUACAGCGCGCAAACAGUUCGGGUAAUUUUUUCGAGAUUUUUCGAGAACGUUUCGAGGCCAUUGCGCGCGAUUCGAAUACGGUAACGCGAUCGACGCGUUAAUUAUUUUCGAGCCGGCGUAUAGAAACGCACGGUGCCUCGGUGCCGCCGGAUUUCGUUAUCCGUGUGUGCUAACGCAAAUAAUCGGACUAAACGCGCGUGACUGUCUAUUGCCGUGUGCGGUGCUGUUGCAGUAAAAUGUAAAUACGUACGGGUGGACGUUGCGAUUUUUUUUUUUUUUUUGUCCGUAAAAUACGCUGCACUAUAUAUUUGAAUGUGUACGACUUCCGCGUUACAUCGAGAUUCGUACAUAUCAUUUCUGCGUUAUUUAUAGUAACGAAACCAUUGGCUUCGCCGAAAAAAAAAAAAAAAAUGAAAAAAAGAAUAAUAAUAAUAAUAAUAAAAAAAAAGAAAAAGAAAAAACGCUUACUUUUACUACCUGCGUACCAAUACAAUCCAUUCGAGUAACGCGCCAGUGCCGAUACGUAGUAUUAUUAAACGCAACCCGCUGCAUAAUACGACGUUAUUAAUAUCGCCCAGCAGUUUCCGUUUUCCGUAUAAACGUAACCCCCGUAUCUUAUGAUUAUCAUUAUUUUUUAUUAUUAUUAUUUUUAUUUUUUUUUUUCUAAUGUAACCAAAGGACGUGACGUUUUGAAAAAUACGAAAGUUUAAUUCGAAACGAAAACGUAAUAAUAAAACCUGUCAGACUGUAGUAUAACGUUAACCGAAAUAGAACACCUGAGUCGGGACGGUAUAUUGCUACCUCGUUUUCUAAAAAAAGUCGACUUUCAUAAUAUUUCGUCUUGCAAAAAAAAAAAAAUAAUUUAUUCGUAAAGUAUAUAGAAAACAUCGUACAGAAAUCACAUUUAGAUUAUUAAUUUCUCGGGGGAAAAAUUACAAUAAUCAUGAUUAAACCAGAGAAACAGUAUUUCGACGGGCGAAAGUCCGAAAUUCAAAAAGCAUGAGCAGCGCUCGUUGAGCACCGAUAGAAAUUUAAAUUUAAAAAUCCGAUGUCGAGUCGUUGGAAAAAUAUCAGAUCUCGAAGAAGUGCCGCCACGAUAGGUUUGGUUGUACGCGCGCGAGCACUUCGUAUUUUCAUCACGUUCGUUCGGAUACCCCCGCGACCCCCCCCAGCCACUAGCCAGGGGGGGGGGAAUGACAUUUCGCACACGCACGGCGUUAGUAUUAAAUACGUGCCUUUCGGGGUUUUUAACUAUCGACUCCAAUCUUUACUGUUAUUAUUAUUUUUUAAUUAUGUGUGUAGUUUGCGCAUUCGUUUUUUUUUUUUUUUUCUUUUUUUUUAAUACACAGAAACAAAAUUAAUUCGUAGUCUCUGUACGUUGAAUCGGACUAAAUCGUUAAGUGCCGAAAUUAUUAUUACGUAGGUGCGGGGUAGGCGCCCGAGAAAAAUUAGAUCGACGGGUUUUAUUAUUUUUUUUUUUAUUAUUAUUAUUAUUAUUAUUAUUAUUCGACUGUGACCCGAAAUGCCGUCUUUAAAUUAUGAGCGUCAUUAAGUUUGUUGAAUCAACGGAGUUUUAUUUUUUUUUUUCGUGCGCGGGCUAUAAUUUGAACUUCCCAAGAUAGUAGCAGUCGAUUAACGAAAUGUUUCUGUACGGCCGUUUUCGCGCCGCUGUAUCCACGGCGGCGUGUUCCGCGCUCAUACGGAGAUACGGGUCGGCGCGUAAAUCCAAGACGCGCGUGAGUCAUGAUCGUUACGCGUGGCGGGCCGUAGCUUGUGCGGCCGACAACGCGGGAAAUUAGUGUUGUCAUUAUUAUUGCGGACGCAAAUACCCGCGAGACAACCGUACAGCUGGGCAGGGUUAUCGUGCUGCGCGUGCCCGGCCUCCCGGGUCUUUCGUCCGGGACGGCGCACAAAACGUGUAUCCGAUUUCUCGCGGCGCCGCGAAAACUGGACGAAACGAGAGCCGACUGAUACCCCGGUUGAUAAUGAUCACAAGCCCACGGUAAAACAAAAAAAAAAAAAAACAAACAACAACAACGAGAGACGGCAGACUCCAAAACAGUGUUGUACUAAUCCCGCGCGCGCCCGACUGUAAAACGUUCAAAAGUUUAACGAGCGGCUAAUCCGAUGAUGAAAAAAAAAAAAAAUCACCAUCGUAUCGUGCGUACCCACGUAUCGGCUAACGCGCGAAUCGAGUGCAAUUGAAUUGUUUAACGAAUUGUUUGAAUCGGACGCGAUUCGUUUUAGUUCGCUAUGCCCGUUUACGAUCGUUUCGAUUUGCGCGGGCCGACGCGAACGUGAAUAUGUUAUCGAAUUAAAAAAUACCAUCGGAAAUAAACAAAUCGUUUUCGAUUGAAACACCGUGUACAUAAGUGUAUACGUAUAAUUAUGUUGCCGAUCCGGACUGCGUGAUUUAUAACGGCUCAUGAUAGUAAAUUUAAUAACGCAGAAAUCAUAAUAUUACACUAAUCGAUGUCUUAAAUUAAUAAAAAAAAAAAAAAAAAACACUCGUUUUUUUUUUUUUGUUUUUUUAAUACAGAUUUUAAUUUAUUAAUUCGCGAAUGAAUGGUUUGGAAUCAUAACUGGUUUUUAAACGGCGUCGAAAAACGGGUAUCGGUUUGCACGAUUCAACAACCCGAUUAUACAUCGUUAUUGUAAUACAACGAUCGGAUUCGACACGAAACUACAAUUUAGCGUUUGUCGAAAUCGAUCGCGGUGUACGGUUAUCCGCGUAGAAAAUCCAUUUCGAAAAUACGGGGCGCGGGAAUACGUCCGCGCGCAAUUUCUUUUUUUUUUUUUUUGAAUUUAUUAAAAGCCGCGUUGCGUUCGACGAACAACGCGUUCGGAGGGACGUCGCGUCGCGCGGCGCGAACGGAACGCGCGUUUUUUCUCGGACGGACUCGAGCCGCGUCGUUUGCGCACGCCUACGCUCAGCAUUUACUUGACAACGGCCCGGCGAUUCGGGACCGCGGUAAUCAGCGAUAACUGACCGUAAUCCGGACCGGGUCGCGUCGCGGGACGGGUAGUUUUCCGGGGGUUUCGCGGAUAAGGACCACGGCAGAUCCUUCGCCGACGGCGGAACUUUCGUUAUUAGAACCGGUUUCCGGCGGUUUCUGUUGGUUUCGAACGAACGCGGGCCGACGGUCCCGACGGUGGAUAUCGGUUUCAAGUCGGUUAUCGCAAAACACGUUUGUUCCCGUGACAUUCGCGUUCAACAGUUUUUGGCCGGUUACGGUAAUGACGGCCCCGUCUUGUGUUUAUUGCGUCCGUCGCGCGUCGCUCGGCCACGAACAAGUAACAAGCGCAUAAAUGCGAAAAAUCGUCUUUUGCGUUUUCGCCGUUCCGCCAUAUUCCGGCCGUUUCCGCGCGCGGCAUUGUUUCGUCAAAAGCCGUGUCGCGGCAUUAUUCGCAGGACCGUUGGACGCCGGUCCCGGUCGGGGCGUCUGAACCGGGGCCGCGCGUCGUCGCCAUCGUACGGCCAAUACGACCAAUACGAUAUCGUUACGAGCUCGAACCGAUCCCGCAAACAGAUUUCUACGGAAUUCUCGUCGGCCGCGUGCGGACCCGUCGUGUUUCCGUGGCAUUUAUCGCGUCCGAAACGCGCGGGUACGUAUUAUAAAUACGACAAGACGUCCGGAUAACCGACGCAUUACUCGGUUUUUUCACCACCCGUCUAGGGCGGCCUCCAGGCGAGCAGUCUCGUUGUUUAAUAGCCACAUCCCGUAGUCCGAGGGGGGGCAUCCGACGACCGUGCGGUUUUCGUUCUCUUCUCUCCGUACGGUCUGUACACAAUUAUAAUACGACCGCUGCCACCGUCACUACUGCCGCCACUACUAUUACUACUACUACUACUACUACUACCGCCACUACUACUACGACGAUACUGCAGAUACCCGUCACGUCGUCUUACGCGGUAUGGGUACUUUCACUUCGUAACCUUAUAGAUCACAUCGCAUCACAGCCGCCGCCGCCGCAGCAGCUGUCGAUCAUCGUCGCCGGGUUAUUGAUAGGUUGUUGCUGCUACCAAAAAGGGGCCGACCUCUCUCUCGAAUAAUAAUAAUAAUAAUUUGACACUGGGUGUACACUAUCAACAACUGAAGGUGCCGAAAACGUAAAAGAAUAAAAAAAAAAAAAAACAUAUUAAGGCAAUCGGCGGCCGGGUUAGGUUUCGUUUAUCAUUAUUAUUAUUUUUUCUCCCCGUCUUUUUCUAUAUCGCCACUAAUGACACAACGGAUAGAUUUAUAAUACGGAUAAAAAGAUUGGUAAUUCAACGAGUUUACGAUUCGAUAUCCCGUGAAAGUAUACAAGUGCCUAAUGCGAUACAUUUUUCAUCCAUGCGUGCGUGCAUCUAUAUAAAUAUACAUAACAUAAACAAGUAAAAUUUAUAGUCGAUCAAACGAAAUCUAAUUUCCGAUCGUAAACGCAUGCGCGUGCGAUUGCAGGACACGAUGUAAAACACGUGUCCGUAGUCGGGUUAAUUACGACAAAUCGUAUAGGCACGGGAGAAUAUCGCAUUGCUUUCUAAUAUCGUUACAACCGAGACGAUCGUUAUCUGUGCGCGUAUAGGCAGUCACAAUAUUAUAAUUGCAGUGACCGUUUUCAAUAAGAUAGAGAGAGAGAGAGAGAGAGAGAGAAGAUACGGAUCCGAUCGGCGGACAUUGUUGCAUUGUUGUAUCCGUUCGAAAUAUUUCGAUUGGGACAAGUGCGUAUUACGUCGUUAAAACGGCUUUGAAAAUAAUACGAGUGUGCCUCCCGUGUAAUAAUAAUAAUAACGUGUCGUACAAACGUCCGCGGAUAAAAUGCCGUUUGGAAACGGAAAAUUAGAAACGAGAACUCCAAUUAUCCGUGUAUCGUUACUGCGCAACACCGUCCCGUGACGCCGUGCCGACAGUGUCGACCUCGUAAAAGUAUCCUGUUAAUUUAUGCGGCCCGUGUACAGGCACGGGAGUUUAGCAAUCCCGGGAAACAAGACCAAGGGAAAAAAACAACGACAAUUUCGACGUUUUAAACACGAUAAUUGAUUAUUAAGGGAAAAAAAAAAAUUGAUAUCGCACUAUUAUUUUUUAUCGUAACACCGGAACGCUUUAACACUUUAGUGACUUUGGUGACGGACAGACCGAAUGAAUUGGUCCGCUCGGACCAAACGACACGAAAUCAUGAAAAUUCCGGUAAUAAAAAUGCAUUUUACUCUACACUAUACAUGCACUGGUAAGUAACAUAAAAAUAUUGUAUUUAAUGUAUAAAAAAUCCCAUCAAGAAUGAAAGAGCAUACACUGCGACAACUCGUUGUUUUGAAAAGUUUCGACUUUUUUGAAAAUACUUUUAUUACUCGCGUAAUUUUCACACAGUUGAAAAAGACAUUAUUUUUCAAAAGAAAUAUAUUUUUUACAUACUCCGGUAUUUUCAAAUAUUUUUUUUAAUUUUCACGACUUAUAGUCAACUUAUAAUCGAUAGUAUAUUUAAAAUUUCGGUGAAUUAAUGCUCUUUUCCCUCCCUCCCCCCCCCCCCCCUCGGUACAUUCCACCGGAAUUUGACGUAGGGUUUUCUCUGCGGGGCGGGGGAAGGUGGGAGGCGGCGGGCUAGGUUCAGGUUUCGUAUAAACCGCCAUACGAGUGUUGCGGUGGGAACGUUCGCGCGUUCGCCGUGCCGGUCGAUUUCGAAAAUACAAUAAAUACGCGACGGCGUGUCAGUGUGCGCGUCACGGGCCGUUUAACAGUUUACGGUCGAUUUUUCCGCGGCGGAAAUUCGCGUUUUCCCCCCCCCGGGCAAUGGGCCCCGCCGAGGGGAUUCCCCGGGGCGCGCGUAUGCCCGUGCCGAUGUCGCGUUCCGGAAACGGUAACGCGGAGGUCAAGCGGUGUAAACGCUAAAACCUAAUACGAGCCGACGGGCGGGCGACAAAGGGAAACGACGGGGAUUUUCGCGUUGCGUCGCGAAACCGCAACACGUGAUACGGGACGAUCGUUUUUCUCUCUCUCUCUCUUUCUCUCUCUCUCUCUCUCUCCCUGUCUCUCUCCCUGUCUCUCAGCCCGUCUCUCUCGCUCUGUCUGUCGUUCGCGUCGUCGUCCGCAAUAUCCGCGCAGAGGCUUCACGCGUUGUAUGCGCGACGGGAGCACGGCCGGCAGAACAACCGGGUCCGAUUUCAUCGGGUCGACGCGUACAUAAUAUUGUCGCGCGACGGUCGCGCGGCGCAAUUAUCAGUUCGGACCGUGCGUUACAGCGGCCGGUGUACGCCGGAUCGGGCUGCGGAAUGCGAGGAAAAAACGCGCGCGUUGCUCGUGUCGAGCGAAUCGUUCGGCGGAGGGGAAAAACGAAAAAACAACGGAAAAACAAUACGAGAGAUUCGCGAUGCGUUUCGCCGUUCACGGGCGCGCGCGUUCGCUAGUGAACCCGGCGUUGCCGGCGGUGGGAUUUUCGGGACCCGCUCGAAAGUUUACACGCGAUCUCGCGCCGAUGCGACGGCCCCGCCGACAACAAUAACCCGUUCGAAAAAACCGAAAUCCCGGCCGCGGCGUCGUCUUUCAGACAGGCCCGGAACAGAACGGGGUCCGUGUGGCAAACCGUUUUCGAUCGACGCCCCGGCCCCGCGCCCGGAGCGACGAGACGGUUUCGCGCGGUUGCCCGUAACGAAAUGUUUAUGGCGGUCGACGUUUGACGUUGACGCCGCGAGGUCCGCGGUUGGAACGCGCCAAUGCGGAUCGCGGCCGGAAAAGCUACUGUCGUUUAGAAACGAAAAAAAAUUUGAAAAACGUUUGUACACGGGAAAAGAAAACGCCGGCGAACAAUGUAGGGGUUUUCGUGUACGUUUGUUUGUUCGGUACACGUUGCCGACGCGCAAAUGAUGUGCGACAGUACGCUGGCGCCGCGAGGCGGACGGACGGCGCGCGGCAAACGAUCACCGCCGGCGACGUUCAGUAACCCGACCCAACCUAACGCCUGCCCGGCCAACCCGGCCGACCGUAACGGGCCGAUCGUCGCGACGACGGAUUUUCGGACGACGUCCGACCAACGGCCGUCGAAGAGACCCGCAGUUUUUCGCCGUAAAAGCGAUCGCCGUCGUCCCAAUAUCGGUCGCGCUACGCAGUGAGAAUAAAAAAAAAAAAAAAGCGAAAACGCAUUCGCGCCCGCGGUGUAUACACACUCCGUUGCCGAUCGGCGUAAACGAUACGCGCGACAGAACCGCUAUGUAUAUACAACAAUAAUAACAAUAACGAUAAUAAUGUAAAAUAAUGGGUGAAAAUAUCGCGCGAGUUGACCGCGAUAACAAUUUAAACGGACGGCGCAGCCGGGCCAUUGUUUAACCGGCCGUAGUUUUAACUUCUUCUGUUUUCGUUUUCGUUUUUUUUUUUUUUUUUUUUUCCUCCCCCCCGAUGUUCGCGAACAGUCAUGAUAAAUACGGGUUAAUUGAAUAAUGAAACAAUAAUAAUAAUAAUAAUAAGAACCUCCCGCGCAACGACAAUGGUUAAUUGAGUUUGUUCGCGGUAUAAUUAUUAAUAUAAAUGAAAGCGAUUUUACCGACAAUUAAUUCGAGGUGGUACGGGCACGACCGUUAAUGAAAUAAUAAUAAUAAAAAAAUACGGCUGUUUUUUUUUUUUUUUUUUUUUUCAUAACCGAACGAUCGAACAGAAAUGUUAAAACCGAAAAACAUUCUUCGUACGAAAACCUGUAUUUAUAUAAAAAAAAAAAAAAAAAAAAAAAAAAAAAAACAAGAAAUGCACACAGCGUAUCCAGUUAUAUACUGCGGAAUUUCGCCGGACGCGGGUUAGGUUGGGCGAUGUAUUACCGCAAGUUUCAGUCGUGUCGAGACUUUUGAGCGCGGCGAUUGUCCGGAAAACGAUUUUGAACGCGUCGCCGGGAAAUUCGGUCGGCCGUAAUUUUAUAACAUAUCAAUUCACCGUCGACGAUUGUACCCGACCGGAUCUGUAGGUAAACGUUAUUGCGUGUAAAUGCCGAACGUCGAAUUUCGAUGUCGUUUAUAUCAAUGGAUCGGGGCACCUGUCCCGAAACCAUUGUGGAAAAUACCAAAAGCACUAUGAAUAACGCCGAUCCGACCUACCCAAACGUAACCUAUAACCGUUUUUGUGCGAACCCGACAAAACUUAUCGCGUUCUGAACGCGCGUCUAGUACACACUAGUCGCCCCCCCGAAAAACCAUCGCGAUGUGAAAAACAGCGUCUGAUUGGCCACGCGGUAAUCGGUCACGGGAUUCUGCGUCGGUACAACUGGCCGAGUUCUUAUUAACCGCGGGUUCUCCGGGACUGUUGUCCUGUUCCCCGCGGGCGUCUGGUGUUUAAAAAUGUCUUUUCGGGGACUGGACUUAUUACUUUUGAACCAUCUGACCUUUUUUUUUUUUUUUUAAUUUGAAAGAUUUUUCCGAAAACGUAAAACGAAAACACCGCGCUACGAAUUUUAACCGUCGUUCGAUAACGAUUCCGUUCGCGAGCAACGCGAACAAAGUUUACUGCAGCCGAGAAACUAUAAAUUCUAAUCAUUUAUCACCAAUAUGCGCUCUGCGUGUCACUCGCGUGGUACGAACCGCGUGAACCCUCAAAUAUCCGUAACCACGCUGUGAACAAUAGUUAUUCGCGGUUACGGACGCUAAACAAACAAUUGCCGUCAUAAUAACUGUACAGUAUAUUUUAACAAAACAACGAUAACAUUUUUAAAUUAUUGUGAAAAACUUCCGGUAUUUUAAAACGUUAAGGAUACACGUUUUCGCAUAACCGUUGGCGUAAACGAUAUGAGCUCUGGCUCAAUAAUUGUCAACGGGCCGGAAUCUCUAAUGUACUCCGCGACGUGUGCUACUUCGAUUUUUUACCGUGUAUUGCAUUAAUAUUACUACAAAUCAUUACCAUACUAACGAAUAUUGUUUUAAAUUAUCGCAGGUCCGUGCCAGCAUGAGAAUAGCGACCUCAUGGAUCGUCAUGUCUCUACUGACCGCCAUAUUCGAAUCGUCUCAAGGCCAUGAUCAUCAUAAAGCGCUUAAUAAUAGUAAGUUCACAAUAAAUUAAUAAAGUUUUUCAUUCCCUUUUUUUUUUUUUUUAAAUAUAACCAUUUUGAGUUUUUUUGAAAAUGAUUUAAAGUAUAAAUAAAACAUUACACCUGCGCCGGUGUAAAAUCGGAAUAAUUAACUGCCUUGGAAAAAGUUUGACUACGUAUACACGCGCCUAACUGCCUAGUGGAUAUUAAAGAAAAAAUAAAACGGUCGUUUAUUAUGCGGGUAAUAUUAUAAAAAAAAAUGAAAUGAUCAUAAUAAUAACGGAAGAAUAAACGCUCAAGUGAAAAGCGAGUUUCGAACAAAAGUACAAAAGUAGUUUAAAAAAAAAACUUAUUUGUGAUUAUUCGACGGACCUUUGUGCGUACUCGAAAUACCUAGAGCGCGCGUCGCCUUUUAUUAUUUAACGUCGGGCGGACCCGGGUGAGCCGACCGACCGCGCGUGGGAUGGCGGAAUAAUUGAUAACGGCCGCGCGUGUUAACACCGGACCAGUGGCGGCGCCCGAGUGUUAUCACAACGCGCGUCGCGCCGCGUACAACGCCAACGUCCGCCCGUCGGCCCGCGCACGGCGACGCGACGUUUUUUACUUGGCGAACGGAUAUCGUUUAGAUUUCGUUCGGGUUUUAGGCGAGCGUGACGGCCGGGCGCCGCCGGGGAUUCGACGUCUCGCCGACGGCGGACCGAUGGCGCGGCGUUACGGGAACGGCCGUUUCGCCGGGCGCGGUGUCGUUUCCGAUAUUGGGGGCGAUCGGCGACUCUUUCUGUUUUUUGCGAAUUUCCACAAUGUCGCCGGGUGACGAUGUGUCGGUACCGCCGGCCGUUGUGACGCCGGAAUGAACGGUUCGCUACGGACGGUUCGCAACGGCACGUGACCGUAAUCCGAUCUAUACGCGCGUGACGCUGUCGUGAGGGCUGCGGACGGCGGCUCCAAUAUCCGCACGCGGUACGGCGAGAUGCGGCAAGAACAAUGCGGAGGAACGGGAGCGGGAAACAACGAAACACUAGUACUAAACGUAAUAAAAAAAAAACAAAAAAAAAACGAUUUAAAUAUCGCACAACACGAAUGUUAUUAAAACCGACACGAAUGAAAUUGGAAAAAAAUAAUACCAAUAUUUUAUCCGUUUUAAUCGCCUGCGUUUUCGAUAUUAUCUGUACGCGUCGAAAGAAGAAACCGACGCAUUGAUCUCGAUUUAGAGACUGGGCAAAUCUACCGGUGUUUAAUUUAAUCUUUUAUAGUGCAAGCAUGAGGAAUUUUAAAUAUUCGACACGGAAAAUUCGUCCACUGAAUAUUUAAUAUUACCACCAUUUUUUUAUGAUCGUUGUUCACACUACGUGUUGUCAUUGGCAUAAAAGUCCAGGAUGAUCACGGGAAUAUGUUUUUUUUUUUUUCAUAUUGCGUUCAAAUUGUGACUAAACGAUUAUAGAAUUCAAAUUUAAAAUCCGCGCUAUAACACACUUACAAAAUCAAUGCAUGCAUUUGUGCAAUUCGUACGUGUAUAUACGUAAAUUAUUUACACACAAAUUGCAUUUACUUAGACAUUUUUUUUUUUUCUUUUUGUUUACUGUACCCGCAUAGACUGUAUGUUAAAAUUUAAAAAAAAUAAUAAUUUAUAUCGGCUACGGACGUGUAAUACCUAUCCCCGUUAGUUAUUAGUAGCUAUUUUUGAAUCAACGCGAAAAACGAAUCCGGUUGCAAAUGCUAAUACUUAUAAAUAAUUGUUUCACAAAGUGCGCGAACAUUACACCGCUCGUCGCGACUUCCUCGCGGGAUGCGUAUGCGCACACAGCGUACACUGUUAGGGAACCGCACGCCAAUGCUCUAAAUCCGAUUGGCUACGAUUCCUGCACAGUUCCUACAGUUUAUAGAGCACAGUAUUCGGUGUGAUAUUUAUCGAAUGAACAAAAAAAAUUUAAUCGGUGUUAGCAUUUUGGACAAUUAAAUCGCAUUCGUUUUGAACUGUCGUUACGAGUGUUCCAAAUCGCCCAUAGGAACUGUGAACAAUCGACAUUUUUGCGAUUUGCACGUUAUGACGGACCGUGAGAGCGAAAAUUACUAUUUCGGGUGCUAUUUAAAACGUAUUUAAUUUAUUCGAAUGUAACGUAUUACCUAUUAGAAAUCAAAUAUUUUUUUUUUUUUUUUUUUUUAAAAAAAUUCAAACGGAUUUCCAUCCGACCUAAUGCGUGUUCUUCUUCGCGUUCCGAUUUUUCGCGUGCGCCGAAAAAUGUACCGAUUUCUUUUUGAAAAACGUUGUCCCGAACCCAUUAUCUAUGUGCGUAAUUUGUCAUGGAAAAUAUAACAGUUAUCGCUUUAUUAAACUGACAUAUACUGACACAUCGAAUACGCACGGGUGCAAAUUAUUGCGAAUAAAUUCGGUCCGAGUUGUGACAUUCGAAACACCGCCACAUUACCAUAAUUCGGAAUUAUAUAAACUGAUAACGACAUUGUCGUGUCGCGAGAAUCGGAGCCGACCGGGGAACAGGAUCGGCGCCGAAUUCUCGGCGUACGCGCCGUGCGCUCGCACGUGACAGGGGCGGUCCGUCGCAACCCGACCUGCCCGCGUACACCUGUUGUUACUGUCACCGACACGGCAAUCCGUUUCGUCACAUCCCGUCGGCGCAUUCAUACCUUCCGCCCCGCUUUUCCGCCCUAGCUGUGUUAUCGUACCGCAUUACAAUCGAUCAAUGUCCGGUUGCAGAUUACAAGAUCAACAAGAAACCAUGUUCGGUGAACACGCUGGAGGGCACGUGCAUGUUCGUCUACGAGUGCAUCAACAGCUACGGCCGGCACAUCGGCAUGUGCGUGGACACGUUCAUGUUCGGGAGCUGUUGCGCGCACAACCUGACCACCGCGCAGCUGGCCAUGUUACCGGACUCGUCGGAACCGGCCGUGCUGUUCACGCAGCCGGGCGGCAACGAGGUGUCGCAGCGGCCGCAGCGGCCGCACCACAGGCCGCACCGGCCGUCCCAGGUGAUGAUGCGGCCCAACAACGUGAUGGACGCGGACGGUGCCGCGACCUCCGUGUCGUCCGUCGACAAAAAGUACCAUUACCAGUCGUCGGCCACGCAGCAGACGCCGCCGUCGGCGCCGCACGUCAACCGGAUACCGUCCACCAAUUUCAUAUCGAACAACAGGCCCAACUUCAUGUCCAGGCCGGCGGCACAGCCGUACAUAACCACCACCACCACCACCACCACUAGUCGACCGGCCGUCCAAGAAGUGGACGACAACGACAACAAAGUGGACUCGGUGUGGUCGCACAGGUUCGUACGCCACGAUGAUAAUAUCGAAAUCUAUUUUUUUUUUUUUUUUAUUUUCAAACCGUUUUAAAUCUUUAUCCGUUAUCGUGGAAAAUUCGUACAAUGAUAUCAUAUUGUGUUUAUGCAGGGUGUCCUACGGUGUUAUCCACGUGCUUAUUGACUCUGACGGUAAUUUUUCAAUCCGGUUUUGUGUCAGGGGGACACGAACGUGGAGGAAAAAUUUAAUUAAAUUUUUUUCAUCCCUUGAUCGCUGGAAAAAAAUAACGUUUUAUUUUUUCACUUUUUUUACAUUUUCGAAAUAGCCGAUUCGUGAAGUAUAUUGUUCUGGACAUUUAAACGCAUCAUAUCCGAUCAACAGUUUCUUGGUAAAAGAUAUCGAUUUAAAUGUCUAGAGAAAAAUGUGAAAAACGAGACUAUAAGACAGGGGUCGGGGACCUGCAAAUAUUAAAUUUUUCUCUAAAUCCGAGUCCCUCUCCUCCCCCCCAAUACAAAUGAAUGACAAAAAAAUGAAUUUUGAUAAUGUUAUUAUCACACGGAUAACACUGGGACAUACUUUUGUAUGCGAUUAAUUUGUUUCGCGGAGAUAUUCGUGAAAAUUACCGUUCCAACGCCGCCUUUAGUUUUUAACCACUCCGGCCAAUCGCGGCCAAUUUCUCUUCUAUUCCCCUCUAGCUCGGUGUUUUUCCUCCGUUUCCACUCUGCCACGCAUUAUUUGUCCGAGGAUCUCCCGCCGUGUCGAGUUCGACGUGAUUUAUACUCGUCAGCUUUGCUCGGCGGCCGAGUCUCGGAAUUGAAGUCGAUAACGCUCGUUUAAAACGGACCGUUUUGCUAAAAAACCGUUACGACUCCGUAAUGUUUCGAAGCAGCGCCUACACGCGCCCGCUAUAGAUUAUGAUGGCUCGCGAUUGCGGGCCGGCGCCGGAACAAGCGGUUUCGAGCGCACAGCCGUGAAUCAUAAUUUGUUUUUCUCCCUGUAAAUAUUUCAAAACGUUUUCAUCUUUGAAUAACACGGCUCGAGUGCUCGAUAAUAAACCAAUAUAGCGUAUGGAAACUAAAUAAUACGAUCGCGGACAAACCGCGACCGAACGACCGAGGGAGACUGCACAUACAGUGCCGAUACAGAAAACUAGUUUCGUUCAACAAUUUUCACGAAGCUCGUUUUCUGAAAUUCGUUUCGCAAUAAUUGUCGCAUGCCAAUGAAACUAAAGUGUCCAAGUUUCUGCAGUGCGGUCCGACGAGGAGAACGUGCUAAUGCUGAUUGUUACGAUAAAAAACGGUUGAAACAAACGUAAUAUCCAUUUGAGGGGGGGAGAGGGGUAAGUCGGAGCUCACCUAGUUUCCACGCGUUAUAGACCAAUAACCGAUGAGAAAUUUGACAUGUUUCCCAAUGACCUAUUUGAGUUUGUAAAUUACGCAGGCAUUUGUUGAAAAAUUUUAUAGGUUUUUUAGGAAUUCGAUUUUCAAUUAUUCGGUUAUGAAGACCUUCGAAAUCAUGAUUUUAUUUUUGAAAAUUCCGUGAAAACACCGAAUUACAUUAGUCAUUGUUUUAGGCGUACCGAAUUUUAAAUCGAAAAUCGACUUUCUAAGAAACUAUGACAAUUCGUCGACAAAUCCGUACGCGCUUAAAAUAUGCAAAACAUCCCGUACCGUAUCUCUUUAAACUGAUAACGGACAGUAGAUAGGCGGAAAAGCCUUAUCGUUUAAGCGGUCCACAUAACGUUGAAAACGAACGUUUAAAUCUAACACAGAGGAAAUUCGGAAAACCCGCUCCGACCUAUUUAAAAUAAACGAAUUGACACGCGUUGACCACGUGUAAAAUAACACGUUAAUACAGAGUGGUCGAUUUAUUGUGAGGCACUGAUUAUCUUGGAAAGUGUUAAAUUUUUUCAAAAUUCGUUUAUUAACGUGCCACUACACCGUCUCGACCCAAACAUUAAAAGUGGAACAUCUCGUCAACGGAACGACGGAAUGAUCGACGAUUUCAACGGCAAAAUUUUUUUUCAACCAAUACUCCGUCCGUUUAUAGGAUUUUUCAUACAGGUUGCCGUUUGAAAAUCAAAAGUAGGUUUGUUCCUAAAAAUAACAUGAUCAAAAUAAAACAAAUGCCGAAAAAAUUCAUCACUUUCCGAGACGACGAGUGUCUCAUACGAUCACCCUGUAUAAAAACGAGCAUGCGAAGCACACAAUCGCGCGGUCUCGCGACUGGUCCGGUUAGGCCGGGCAAGUUUCGUGAGACUCGGCGGACUAUUUUUUUUUUUGAAUUUUUUUGUUACAUUUGUUCGAAAUAAAACGAAAACAAUCGUCCCCGGUGUGCAGCCCCCGGCCUAACGCGUACGUUUUCAGACCCAGCUGGAGUUCGAGCGCGGGCAACCAUCACGGGUUCAUCACUAAACCGAGGCCGCAGACUCACCUCAGACCGCCGACGCAAGUGUUGUCGACGGCCGCCGGACCGCCCCCGACCGCAGCACCCGCCGCCGCCACCACCACCACCACCACCACCACCACCACGACGACGACCACCACUACCCCGGCCCCGCCGGAGACGACGACCACCACCACUCCCGCGCCGCCACCGCCGCCGCCGCCGCCGCCUCCGACUACCACCGGCAGACCGUCGGCCGCGAACGCGGCGAACACGGCCGCGAUGCCUACCGCCGUCCCGGGAAAACCGGAAAAGCACACCGCCAAGCCGGGCGUAUCGGCCGAAACCAAUCAGCCGACCAAUCAAAAAUCAACGCGUACGUCCGCAGUCUGUUUACAUUAUAAUAAUAACCGCGGUUAUCGGGGCCCUCGCGAAACUGCAGACGUUUUGUCGGCCGACAGUCCGACCGGGUUGGGUGCUCUCGAAUGGAGGAACGUCGAAACGUCGUCCGGAAACGUUCGCUGUCAUACGACGGGCGGGACGGAUCGAGAACAGAAACCGAGAGUGUCGGGUGCGUCUAUACGACGACGGACAAUUGCGAGGCUAGGUUUUACGCGCGACACGUCGUGAAUUAUAAAAAAAAUUAAUCAAAAACUUAUAUAUUAAAAUAUGCGUCCCGAAUUUCCCGAGAAAAAUGUCCCUCCUUCCGCGUCAGAGUGCACUUUCGAGCGUUUAUCAUAUUAGAGCGCCGGUCUUUUUUAAACUCCGUCGAUCGAAAUACGUUGCGACAAAUACCCGCUACCCUACAACGCGAAAGCUCUGGGCGAAUCCAACGUACCGGCCGACUGAAUAAUCGCCGGGUGUAAGAUCGGAUUCAUACGUUCAGUUGUGCUCGUGCAACGUGCUUGUGCGAAAUAUGGAGCUUGUGCACUUGACGAACAUUCAAGCGAGCGUUUAGACGGUCAGACUUUCAGUUCGGUUUCGGCAUUGUUAUUCGGCUUAUUUUUUCCGAUUUAUCAAUCGGCACAAAUCGAAUUUCAACGAACAACGAUUUAAUAAUAAUAAUAACCUAUGCGUCUCAAUAAACUCGCUCAAUCCGGAUCUACGCAUUUUAAAUCAUUUUUGGUUAGUUGUAUUAAAAUAUACGUUCAAGUACGCGCGCGAAUUGAAUCUACACGAGCCAGUUUGCACGCUCGUUGCCGGACAUGUAAAACCCGCGCGCACUAAUACCGAUUAAGAGAUCGGCCGAGAGUUCGCCGACGUUUUAGUUUGAAAGCGUCCGUGUGGCCCGUCAAACUCCUUGUUUUUUCGGCCGAUGCCGAAUCGUUACCAUGCGCCCGCUCGCAUACGUUUUCACACUCGUAAAUGAGCGCCCGACUACACUGUCGGUCGACAAAACGUCUGUACGGUUUGCUGCGGGUCCCUAACAGUGCAGGUAAAGAUUGCGUUCGAAAUAAAACGUCCGCGUUUCAUUCGGUUCUUUUUGUUCGUCUUUAGCGUGCGGUAUGGCGCCUUUGCACCCGAGGCACGAAGUCAGAAUCGUCGGCGGCAGAAACGCUGCGUUCGGCAGUUGGCCUUGGCAGGUAAAAUGCAUAAACACAUAAAUAUUUAUAUACUGAAUACACAUACAUUGCGUAAUAUACAAUAGAUUUUUUUUCCCGUGUUCUAAAAUUAAUCCUCGGUGUCCCGGUUAAAGGUUUCAGUGCGAAGAACGUCGUUUUUCGGGUUUUCCAGUACGCAUCGAUGCGGAGGGGCUUUGCUAAACGAAAAUUGGAUAGCGACGGCCGGCCACUGCGUAGACGAGUGAGUUGACUUCGAUAUAAAUGAUAAAAUAUAACGUAAGACAAACGGAAAAUCUCGGAAAAUAUCUCGAAAUUUUUUAUUAUUUUUUAAACAUUUAAACAACGAUAACAGAUCCAAAAUGUGACCAUUAUCGUUAUGUUUUGUCUUCCUUGUUAUGGGGAAUGAAAUCUAAUAAAACUACAUUAAAAAUUCCGUAGAUAGAUGUACUUUUACUUUCCGUCACAGUAGCGUGCCCAGGAAUUUUCAACGGAUGGGGAUGUAAAUCGUGAAUAAAUAGUGCGAUCGUCUUCCUUGCCCUACUCGACUAUGGGGAGUUGGUAAUAUAAAAGCUGGAUCGUAAAAAAAACACUCCAAUUUCUAAUCAAUACAUCGAGUUUUUCCUCGUAACUUGGCUGAAAUAUAUGCAUUUCGAUUUUAGAUUACUCAUAUUUUUUUUUGUUUUGAGUUUUUAAGUUAAUAGGGGAAAUAUAACUCACGAUCUCCUCUCCCCCCCUGCGCAUGCUACCGUCGACGAGAACUGUGACACUUUUAAGUGUGGACUGGAAAAGAGUAGUGAAGCGUCAUUUAUGCGACGGGACGCAAGGCGUUUGAACAGUGUUCCGCUACUCUCCCAUCCGUCGAAUAACCACGAAACUGUAAACUUUAAAGGGAAAUGCCUCGUCGGAGAGUUGACGGAAAUUAAAAAACGUCAACGGCGAAAUGUAUUUUUUUUUUUUUUUUAAAUUGAAUCUACAUCUAUUUACGGCAUUUGGAGUACAGGUCAAAAGCCAGUAAUGGUUUCGUACCUCCUCCCCACCCCCAAAAAAAAAAAACUAAACUUAAGGCGACAGAAAAUAACGAUAACGUUACGGUUUUAGAGCGGUCUGUUUAUCGAAUUUUCCGGAAAAAGGAAUUUCGAGAAAUGUUUAACGUUCCCGAGGCAAUCGGCGUCUUGCGCGCGACGGCCACGUUGAUCGCCGUACCGCGGUUCAACAUGACAACGCUGGUUAGACGACGCGUAGCGACAAUCCGAUUUUUUCGCGGACCGCGAACCGGAUCGCCAAAUCGGUUGCUGUGCGACCGUAACGGCCCGGCGCUCCCGGCGUGCGCUCCGCGAGCCGUCCCGUUAUUGAUCUGUUACUCGACUCGUUCUAACAUCUACCGCGAUUCAAGACGAAUCUAUACGAAUCGCGCGUUGUCCAACAGUCGGCGCACGUUUAUAACCGAUUGCGCACAGAUUAUAUUAACAAUAAUAACCGUCUGGCCCGGAGCGCCCGUGAUCGGUCCCGGCACGCGGUUCCUUUGAAACGGCGUUCGGUUCGACAGCCGCCCGAUAUCGCGUGCCGCCGCCGUCCGCCCGGUACGCUGUCAUCUUGAACCGCGGCGUGCCCCCGUCUGAUCGCAUGCCCGCCCGCCCGCCAACGGCCCGUUCGCUGGCGGCCGUGCGCCAUUCGCAAUGUAUUAAAACCGCGAUCCUCCGCAGCCUGCUGACGUCGCAAAUCCGCAUACGCGUCGGCGAGUACGACUUCUCGUCCGACCACGAGCCGCAUCCGUUCGUGGAACGCGCCGUCGCCCGGAAGCUCGUCCAUCCCAAGUACAAUUUCUUCACGUACGAAUACGAUUUGGCCAUGGUGCGGUUCGACACGCCGGUGAAUUACGCGCCUCACAUCGUGCCCAUAUGCCUGCCCGGGUCGGACGACCUGCUCAUCGGCGAGAACGCCACCGUGACCGGAUGGGGACGGCUGAGCGAAGGGGGCACAUUGCCGUCCGUGCUGCAAGAGGUAACGUAUAACGAUAACGCGUCCGCGCGAACGUUGCAAUGCGUUCUGCACGGAUCGCGUACACACCGCUAGCCCUGUACACUGUUUUGAAUUCCGCGCGUAAUGGUAUUUUGGCCAUUUUCUUUAUUUCCCCGGUCAUUAAUUCAUUGAAUAUUCGGUCUUGUCUAUUGACGUUUAAAAACACCAGACCGCUCGUAUUUGUCUGUAUCGGGUUUUAUGAGUUCAAUAGAAUUGUACGUCGAUAAAAUGUACACACGUGCGACGAUCAACGACGAACCGAAAGGCAGCAAAUACCUAUACGUUCGAAAUAACGAAAUUUCCAGCAUAUUGAGAUGCAUUUGAUGCUACGUUGAUAUCGUCGACAAUAAACGUUUAUGGAUAAACGGAAUUUCUAGUUUCACUUGUGCGGCACACACCGGUAUGGAAAUUGGCAACAACGCUUAACAUUUCGUGCGCAAUCGUGUAACCGAAAAUCGGGUAACGUCCUACGCAAUCGUGUUUUAUCCGUUGAUUUAUUUAAUUAUUUUCGCGUCCUAAAGGACGAAGACGAAGGAGCUAUCGCGUAGUGUUUUAUGCCAAGUCAUGUGCGUGUGGUUUUUUUUAUUUUCGGGUGAAAUGCUUCGGUUUUAUUACGCGCAAUAUCUCGAAUGACCUCCCGACAGCUAUACCGAACAUUUUAAAAAAAAAAGUACACAGACAUAUUCCGACACAUUUUUAAUUUAAUUUUGGAUUGAUUAUUAAUUGAAAGUUGAUUUAUGUCUGUACGCAACGACAAACCGUCGCUAUCGAAAAACGAUUCGGAGCGAAAUUUCUUUUACACGUGUACGUACAUUUUCCCGUUUUUCCCAAUUAUAACAAAACCCUGACCCAACCCCGCGUGAAAAAUCGAGAAAUGAGUAUCAGAUAGAUAAAAUUUCCUUUUAGAAAGGGUGCUACACUUGACCGGCCGGAACAAGAUUUCUGGUAGCUGCGCACAGAAUAAAAAUUAAACAUCGCUUUUAAAACCAAUACAUUCCUCGCUACGCUCUGGAUCUAGAAACCGACAACAAACGUCGACAAUUACGUUGGUCUUGAUUUUACCGGCUAUCCGGGUCACUUCGGUAGUAGCUAUACAAGGGGGGAAAAAACACGAUUAAUACUAUUAUAUUAUGCAUAUAUUUAUCUAAUACUACUGCGUUCGGAAUAUUUUUGCGAUUUACCAUUAAAUCUUCUCACCUACUACAGUGGUGUACUAGUGAUGCGAAUUGCGUCCAGAUUUUGUUUUAAUUUACGUAUUUUAAUUUCGGUGUUCCGCCAUUUCUAUUAAAUAUGUAUAUAUUUAUACAAAUUAAUAACAUUUUUCAAUAAAUGUAUACGAAAUAAAUAGAAAAAAAUGUAUUUUGCUUCUGCAUUUUCCCGAAAAAGUGUACAAAAUCAUCAGUUUAAUAAUAAUAUUAUUUAUUGCAUUCAACAUUUCAUGAAUUCAAAUCGUUUAUUAAAACGCAAAUUACAACAUUCCCGGGAAAUUUCGGAGUAUAACACGAGACUUAUCUAAACACAAACAUUUUGCCAAACGUUUUAUUACACGUGCGUGCUAAAUUUGUAUUGGACCAGCUGACAGCAGUAUAAUAUUUACGUACAAGCUCAAUGAAAAAAAUUAAAAUACGAAUCGAUUUACAGAAAAAUAUUUAACGGUAUCGCGAUACAAGCGCUGCUAUUAUUGUAUCAAAUUCGUGUUUAUUAAAUAUUUGAUAAAAUUACAAUUCUGGUAAAUCUUAACAUUAUUCUUAUUCGGGUGACAUAUAAUACAAUUUUAAUUAACGAAGUUAAAUGCUUUAAUUGAUUCACUUCACCCGCGCCUUGCCACACCUACCCAAACCGUUUCGUCAAUAGCCUCGCUUCCAAACGUGCUCCUGAUAGCGCACUGCCUGAAAAGAAACUUGUGUUCGUAGGAACUUGCUUUCUCCUAUUCUUACUUUUCUUCUCCUCAACAACUAUUUGAGGUCGACCACCCUCGUCCUAAACUUCUACUUGACCCAAUAUGAUUCGUCUCUCCUCAAGACAUGCCUAAACCAUGUCAGUCUAUCUCCUCUCAUUUUGUCUACUAUCGAAGCCGCAUUUAAACUACCCGUUAUGCUACCUCCACUCAUCCAUCUAGGCAUUCACAUCCCUGCUAUACUCAUUCUCUAUCCUAUUUUCCUUUCUACUACCCAACAACUGUUUAUUUUUUCUUUCUAAUCGUGAAUGUUCUUUACAAUAAUUACAUUGCCGUGGUUACAUGCUUGUGAUUAUAUGGCAAUGACGAUAAAAUAGCAUGAGGACCUAUCACACAUGUUAUACAAAUCAAUAAUAAUAAAACGUCUUGAAAUUUCUGACAUAAUUUAUAAAAUCGCACAAAAAAGUCCGUGUCAUUGAACGCAGAUAAUAGUGCUACCUACCUAUUAUAUAGAAAAUAACCAAUAGGUAUUUAAUUGGUUUCGUUAUCUGAGUCUUUAAAUUAUAUUGUAGUUUUUUAUUUUGAAUAAGCUAGGUACGGUAAUUGUAAUUUGUCAUUUUUGAUAUUAUAUAUUCUUCUGGUAUUUAUAUUUUGUCUAAAAACAAAGUUGAAACCUGAUAUCAUAAGUGAACUUUUAUUCCUUUUUUUUAUUAAUGAUGUAUUUAUUAUCUAGUAUCUUGUAUCCGAAGGGAAGGAAAAAAUAGUAUCCAGUGUCUAGUAUGUCUUUUGGAAGAUGUGUAAUACAUUCCACAUUUUCCAUUCCACUUGUAUCUAGAUACUUUUUUCAAGUAUCUUGCCCAUCCCUGGAUGUUGAAUACAAUUCAGUUAUAAACUUGUUAUUUAUAUAUGUGAUAUAGGUGAACGUACCAAUUGUUAGCAAUGACAAGUGUAAAAGUAUGUUUUUGAGAGCCGGCCGACACGAAUACAUACCGGACAUAUUCAUGUGCGCCGGAUUCGACGAAGGCGGUCGUGAUUCUUGUCAAGUGAGUACAAUCCAAAAGCAAACAUAAUAUUUCACCAGAACGAAACAAAAUAUUAUUCUUAAUAACGUGCGUAAUAUUUGUGUACCAUUAAAGGGCGAUUCUGGAGGUCCGUUGCAAGUAAAGGGCAGAGACGGACGAUACUUUUUGGCCGGCAUCAUAAGUUGGGGUAUCGGAUGCGCGGAGGCGAAUCUGCCGGGAGUGUGCACUAGGAUAUCCAAAUUCGUACCAUGGAUCCUGCACACGGUCACGUAGUCGAUAAAACGCAAUUAUUGGUUUUCAUAUUAUUUUUGAAGACUCCUAUAUAUACACAAAUAAAAAAAAUUGACACGAAUAUUAUAUUAUUAGGAAUAUUUAAAUAUAUUCUAUACCGAAUCGGUAGAAACGUGUACGUAAAUUUUUGACGUUAAAAAUGCAUUGUAUACAUUUAAUUUUAUUAUUAUUGUUAUUUUUUAUUAUUAUUAUUAUUAUUAUUAUUUUUUUUUUUUUUUGUUCAAUACGUAUGUACAUAGCUUAUACAUAUUAUUUUAUUAUAUUAUACAAACGUAGUUAGAACGAAACCUUGCAAUCAAUCUAUCUUCUGUAUACGAAC